AUGCCUUCAGCCUUGGCUAUCUUCACUUGCCGCCCGAACUCUCACCCAUUUCAAGAACGUCAUGUCUACCUGGAUGAACCUGUCAAAAUUGGCCGCUCAGUGGCUCGAUGUCGACCAGCUCAGAAUAACGCUACCUUUGACUGUAAGGUUUUGUCUAGGAACCAUGCGCUUGUCUGGUUUGACCACAAGACAGGAAAGGUAAGGCAAUCUAUAUUUCUAAGGAGAAGUAUAAUGAGCUUGAUGUUUAUUAUUUUGAUCAAUGGUUGGUUGACUUUAGUAAGUCUUUGUAAUUGACCUGAAAUUGUACAGCAAAAUGAUUAUUCAACCUGAGGCAAAUUACAUUCUUCUUUUCUUUUAGUUCAGCUAAUGGAAUAUUGCAUAAGAGGAUAGAUUUUUGGCUACUAUUUAUAUUUGUAACACUCGUGCACAAAGUGUUUUAAAAUAAUUAUUACAUUUGUUCAUCCAACAUUCUUGAGAGAUGUCAUUGUACUGACAUAUAGUCAAAGCUGGGAAGUGGCUUCAGGAUACUUGGACUUCCACCCCAAUUGUUAAUGCUGAUACCGUUGACCCUCAACACUGCUAUAACACAUAUUUUGUGGUGUGCAAACAGCAUAUUCAGUAGUUUUUAUUCCUACUCCUAAGUAUUUAUUUCCUGGUUCAGUAUGUCUUGAGUCUAGAACUAUGGUGGAAAUUGAUUUCUGCCUCCAAAUACCAAAACUCUUGUUGGUCCACUGGAUGACAAUGGUUUGAAAUUCUGUGGUAUUCUAGUUUGAUAAGAUCAAGUGGUACAGCUAAUGUUGCAACUAGUUCUUGCUUGCCAUGCCAGGGAGUGCAGUACUUAAGUGAAAUAGUUGCUUUGUUUUUUUAGUGAAAUAAUUGUAGCUCUUAGUAUUCUUGAAUUGUAAUUCAAACCUCAAACAUUUUAUGGGAACCAAAGGAGCAUUAGAAAGUUGUUCUAUAUAGCAACUAUCCCACCUCCAAAGUAUGGUUAUCUAAAGCAAUGUGGCUGUAUUUGGUUUCUGUAGUUUAUUUGGUUUUUAUGUAUUCUGGCAAGAAUAUUUCAGCUUUAGUGAUAGAUAAUUUGAUUUUAAGCAGCUGAUGCAUAAAUAUAGGUAGAACUUUCCUAGCUGUUGUGGUUUACCUUGGUACAGUAUUGAACUGUACGAUAUUUCCUGACUUUGUAUAUGGAUAUAUCAAGAGGAAUUGGGGAAUUUAGUUUUUUUAAUACACUCAGGUAUUUUUUCUUUUUUGCAAGUAGGAUGAAGUUGGUACAUAUACACUACAUGUCAUCUUAUCCUCUACUAGGUAUUUCCAAUGAGGACAUCUGCUGCUUAAACGUUUAGAGGCUUUGUAGUGCCUGAUUUUGUCCAGCAGGGACUGAACUGGAAACUCAAAUCAGUGUUUUAUGCUAAGAAAGGAAUUUAAAGUUGGGAUAGCUUAAGUGACUUCGGUUUAACUGGUGCUUUCAGUAACUAUAAAAAAAAUGUUUUGCUAUGUUCUCAUGUGUCUACUCUUUGUAAAUCUUUAUCACCUGCUGUUUAUGUUAUCUAUGUUUAGUAUUUAUGUUUUGCUGAAGACUGCUCUACUAAUUAAUAUAUUAGCAAAAUUACCAGCUGGCUGCUUAAUUUGGCACAGCAUGGGUGCAUUAAGAAUGUUUGUUCAAAGUCUUACUAUAUUUUGCGCAGUAGUGAAACACGAUGGGACAAGACAAAAGGUGAGUUUCAUAAGUUGAAGCGUGAAUUAAAGAACAUUAACAUAGUGUAGCACUUUUAUGUGGAAAGGAAAAUAAACCAUUUCAAAAUGCAUUGUCUGGCAUUCAUUCUCAUAACAGUGUAACAGCCUGGUUUACUUCUUUGCAGAAGUCUUCAACCUUGAAAUAUAGUUUUCCUUGCUUGAGGGAGUAGACUGAAAUGGUCUAAAGUAUUUUGUCAGCCUUCUGACUGGUAUAUUCCAUACUAUUAUUUUCAGAAUAUUUCCAGGUCCUUUUAAGAAUACUUAUUGUUAACUAUUAUUGUUUUAUAAGUUAUCUGCCAAGAGAUAUCAAUGACAGGCCAGCAGUAACAAAAUUAGAAAAUUGAGCCAAAGAUUUCAGUCUUUACUUGCUAAUUUUUAGCUUUUGGCAACUUGUGGCAACACAUAUUUUUAAAAUGUGUUUUAACUGGGUAUGUAUGAUUGCAUAUAGCUAUGCCUUUGAAUGUUGGCAUUAUUGGUGAGAUUUAUUGUUGUUUAAUAAGGAUACAGGCUUAAGGUGGUUACUACAAUCUUUCAACUUAAUAUUCUGGAGUUAUCACUUACCCUCUGCUUUACUUGUCUGAGCAGUUGCUUCUUAUCCUAUAAAUGGAGAUGGGAUAGAGCUAUACAUGCAUUCUUCAUGGCACUGCUGCAUUUAACAUACUGCAGCAUUAUGCCCACAUGGUUCUCUUUCAUCCUUUCAGUCUAAGAGCUAGUAGCAGAUGGGAGGUGGUGGUCGUGGUUAUUUUAUAUACUGCCCUUCAUCACAAGAUCUCAGGGUGGUUCACAGGAUAAAAAUACAAGGUAAAAGCACAAACAAAUACAGUGAUACCUCGGGUUACAUACGCUUCUGGUUACAGACUCCGCUAACCCAGAAAUAGUACCUCGGGUUAAGAACUUUGCUUCAGGAUGAGAACAGAAAUCGUGAUGCGGUGGCAGCAGGAGGCCCCUUUAGCUAAAGUGGUGCUUCAGGUUAAGAACAGUUUCAGGUUAAGAACGGACCUCUGGAACAAAUUAAGUAUGUAACCCGAGGUACUACUGUAGUUAAAACAAAAACAACAAAAUAAUAACUUUUAAAAUACAUUUAAAAGGCUGUAGAAUAUUAAUCAACCAAAGGUCUGGUUGAAGAGGAACAUUUUUGUUCAGUGCCUAAAUAUAAAUAGGGAAGAAGCCAGACAAACCUUCCUGGGGAGAGCAUUGCACAAAUGGGGGGGGCCACUGCAGAAAAGGCCCGCUCUCAUGUUGCCACCCUCUGGAUCUCACAUGAAGGAGACGCAUGAAGAAGGGCCUCAGAUGAUGAACACAGAUGUCCAGAUUGGUUUAUAUGGGGAGAGGCAGUCUUUGAUUGGAUAAGGUUAGAUAAGGGAGAACAAUAGAGCAACAUGUAGAGUUGCUGGAACAUUGACCUAUCUUUAAACAGAGCUGCCUGGGCUAAACUAGUAGUUGAGCCUGCAUGUAAGAGGGGAUUCAGAGCUGCUCAACUGGACCUGAAGAGCUGCUCAGACUUAGGAGCCAGACCCAUAUCAGCAGUAUCACAGGGCCGCUUCAAACCCUAUGGGUCCUGUUCUAUCAUGCCUUUGGAGUUGGUACCCACAGUUCUGAAACUGAAAGAUAGCAGAGGCUAGGCUAGUAUUCCUUUCCUCAGGCAUAGUGGUUUAAAGCAUCAGGUGCCUGGGUUCCAUUGCCAGGCCCCUCCAUGCAAGACCCCUAAUUCCUCACAUGGGUAGUGGAUUUGUCUUCCAUGGCAAUUACAACUUUGUCUUGCGUUUAUUAGAAGCUGCUUGCUUAGAGGCAAUUGGGAACUUGCCCUUGCUUGGUAGGUGUACCACACAAGGAAUCUGGUCUUGGCUAAGUUGUUCAGAAAAGUUGUAUGCGUUUAUAAAACCUAUGCAUUCAGCUUGACUGUCUUAGUAGUUGGAAUAUACACUUAGGGACAAACUUGCUGUGGAUAAACGGGCAACUUUUGAUUCCCAGAUGUUUGACUUUCAGAAAAAACUUGCCCAGCUAGAUUUCAUUUGUGGUUGGGAGUCUGUGGGAUGUUUUGGCUCCUGCUGGCCCUUGUGGUUGAUGAGACUACGAUAGGUUAUACAAUGUGUACGCUUUGUUGUGGACUAGGGCUGUAAGGGGGAGGAUGAUUCUUAUACCUGGCUCUCAGUUACUCUUGCUGAACUUCUGUUUAUGUGCUGCAGUGUCCAUCAUAGAAUGAAGAAAGAAUAAAGAGGAUAUAGAAAAGUUUAAUACAGAUUGCAUACCUGUAGCAGGUGACCUUUAGCCAGCUGCUCAUGACCAUGAUUGUGGUGAUCCUGAAAUGUCGCUUGUCCUGUAAUGUCACUUGUUGUGUUUCCCAACUUAAGCAUAGUAAAUUAACACUGAGCAUUGCUCAGUUCUUUGUCAGCUGAUGAAGGGCAAACCCAUGUGUAGUAAAAUAUGUGAUAUGAAAAUUCAUAACGACAAAAUUUUGAAAAGUUGAAGUUGUCUGUAUUAAAGGAAACAACUAGUGUGAAACAUAAUAAAGAUAUUUAUAUCAAAGAGAACUUUAUAACUAGUUCUUAAAAAUGACAGACUAAUAUCCUCCAGUGCAAAAAGUUAGUAAAAUAAUUCAUGUUUCUGUUCUAGUCAGCUUUUGUCUAUCAGAAGCAGGGAAGGAACAGUGAAAUAUAGAAUCUGAAGUUGAUACAAUUCCUUGGGUUAAUGAAGUUAAGAGUUUUGAUAAUAUGAAGAAUUCUUGUGUGUUAAGGCAUUUCCCCCUCCAGACAUUGAACCUGUUCAGUUUGAAGACACCAAACAAGACGCUGGUUUAUAAUUUACUGAGAGAACACCCAGUUGGAAUGAAACUGAUACUUUUUGCUUGUGUGGUUUAUGCAAUGAAGAGGGAAAUUUGCCUGUAACCUUAAACUAAAAUAAACUUCACUGUUAAAAUUCUUUAUUUAAGAAACUGGAAGAGAGUGGAUGCCAGCAGUUAAUAGCUGAGGGAUGUUACUGCCUACUGAUCAGGAUUUUCCUGCAGUGAUACCAAAUGUAGCCACUACUGCAGAGCUAAUACUGUAAUUGUUGGAGCUGAUCCAGUACAGUCACACAGCCUUGGGUCUGAACUCGAACCGCUUCAGUACUUAAAAUUAAAUUUAACCAAACCUCAAAAUGUUACCUUAUGACGUUUGACUUGGGCUUCAAAUGGGCAAUUUCCCCCUAUUAACUUCAAUUUGAAGGCCAUCAUUUGCUAGCAUACAAGUGAAGUGUAAGUUAGGAAAGACAAAUGGAACCUGCAGCAAAAUUUUGCAGCAGGGUCCUCUGUUCAGGGUUCAGAACUAGCCAUGGCUGCUUCCUGUGCAUUCCAUUCUAUUCCCAUUUCUGAAUAUUUCUUUCAACAGUUACUGGUACAGUGGUACCUCGGGUUAAGAACUUAAUUUGUUCUGGAGGUCCGUUCUUAACCUGAAACUGUUCUUAACCCGAAGCACCACUUUAGCUAAUGGGGCCUCCCGCUGCCGCUGCGCUGCUGCUACGCAAUUUCUGUUCUCAUCCUGAAACAAAGUUCUUAACCCGAGCUACUAUUUCUGGGUUAGUGGAAUCUGUAACUUGAAGCGUCUGGAACCCGAGGUACCACUGUACUUAGUAUUUUAUGGCUACUGAGCAUGCUCAAUCCUCCUUGAGCAUUUUGAGUUUGUUUGUUUGUUUAGUUUUGUUCCUAUUAAGGUUUUUCCUAUAGGCUUCUUCUUCAGCAAACCUCAGGGUUCUCCUAAGCAUUCUCAUACUUCUCUCCUGUUUCUUAGCAGCCCGUUUUGAUUACAUAGUUGUUGGCACUCAGCACCUGAGUUUGCUGUUGGAGUAACUGAGGACAUUGUUUUCAGUCAAUCAAAGUCAGACAGAUUCUAGAGCUCCAAUGAGCAAAUAUAUUGGCAAGGAAAAUAUAUCAGUAACUGAUAGUUAUGCUGCAUAACAAAGUAUAGCAAAUUAAUUCCAUAUAUAUGCUUAACUGUAGCACAACUAAUAGAUUGAUAUACAUACAUGUUCUUUCACCUGAAAUACAGCUUACGCGUUGCUUCCUUUAACUCUCACAUACUAUACUUGCAGACUUGCAAUCUGGCAUUUCUGGGUCUUUUGGUACUUCUUGUUUUAACAUGACUCUAAAAGCUAAACCCCUCUGCUACUGGUGUAUAAGUAUGGUGUAAAAUUGCAGAUUCAUCAUAAAUUAACCUGAUAACAGGUUUCAUAACUCUUAAAUUGUUACUGGCCCUCUGUCAAAUGGUAGAUCAACUAAGGUUGCUUGGGGUGAAGGCUCACAAAGCAUUUUAUCCCUCUGUCCAUGGAUUGAUGCACUGUUUUCUUCCUUAAUAUAAGCAGUUGUUUUUAGCACUUAAUCUUCUUCCUUCAGGUCAGGAACCUCAGGCACCAAUUCCUCUUGGGUCAUCAAAUGACAGGAAGGUAGAUGUGUAGGAUUGAAAGGGUUCUGCUUCAGGAUUUAAACUGAGGCUUAAUAUCCAAGUAGUAAUGGUGGUAAACUAUCAGUUAACUCAGUUCAUCUUAAUCAGAAACAGUUUUUUCUUAGUGGAGUAGCUGUGGAGUUCCUGGAGAAUCUACAGGUAAGUUGCUUGACAUGACGUUGGAAGAUAUUUGUCAUUGUGUCUGCCUUGCAUCUUUGCACAAUUAUGGUUGCCCUGGGUGGUUUAAAGAGGUUGGCCAAUAAGUUGUUUUGGGGGGUAGUAAAUUAUUCCUAUGAAAUAUUUUCACAGGACCACACCCACCUUUAGGUACCACUUUGUAUAUCAGUCGUUCAAGAACUUUCUCUGAAUCAGAUAUGGCUCAGAUUUCUAUUGGGCAACUAUUUUUGUACUUUUCAGGCAUUCCUAAAUUAUGGAGGACAAUCUGGUCUCCUGUCUGUCCCAGUGUUGAACCUGCUGAUCAUAUCCAAGUUUGUUGUGGAUGCUAAAUUGACUUGCUGUUUUAGAGGCUAACUGAUAGGCCUCUUCCAGUGUUCUUUCAUCAGUGCAGAAUAUUUCAAAUCUGCAGACUCCAUAGGGCAGCAAGCAGCUUCUCCAAACACAAAGGUAGCCCAGAUAUAGUAAGGGGAAAGUCCUGUGGCAUAAUUUAUUGUACAGUUGAAUGCAUGCAUAAGGUGUUGACUCCAUUUUCCCUUUCUUGUGGAUUCUAAUAAACCAAACAUAUCAAGUAAAAUUUUAUUGAACCUCUUAGGUUGAUGGGCCUUUUGCACAUGGUAAGGAGUGUUGUAUGACUUCCUAAUACCUGCAAGGCUUGCAGGAAUUUGGAAGUCACACAACAUCCUUUACCAUGUGCAAAAGGACCCUCAACCUCAUCUGAUUGAAUACAUUUUGAGCAAUCAAUAAUAAGCCAAGACUCUCUCGCAUAGCAUCUCUGCUGCAGGACUGCCAUGUUGGUCCUUGGCUAGACCAAGGUCCCUGGCUGGCCAUAGUGAGAAAAGUGAUCUUUCAUUGCAAGGAUACUGUAUUGCUAACAUUUUGCUGUCAUUCUCAAGUCCAUACAGGCUUUACUCCAAGAGUGCUUCUGUAGUUAUAUAACAGGCUUCCUCAACCUUGGCCCGCCAGAUGUUUUUGGCCUACAACUCCCAUGAUCCCUAGCUAGCAGGACCAGUGGUCAGGGAUGAUGGGAAUUGUAGUCUCAAAACAUCUGGAGGGCUGAGGUUGAGGAAGCCUGUUAUAUAAGGAAGGUUAGCUGCUCAGUGAGGGAAGUUCUUUUCUGGAUGCAUUUAGCACAGUUCUUGCAGUACUGUUCUAUGUCUUUGGCCAUCCUAGGACCAUAGUAAGGGAAAAUAGCAUACUUGUUCUUUGUGACUAGACAGGCUCCAUGGCAGCCAAUUUGUGGUAGCUCCCAUAGCAAUUUCUCAGAUUUCCAAAUGUGCCCAUGGUUUCAAGUGGUUAGUUUUAUAGCACAAGUAGUUUAGCUAGAACUGUGAAGAUCUAGUUAUUCCCUCUAGCAGGAGAUGAUACAGUUAGGUGUUCAGGGAUGAUUGGAGUUGGAGAGCAGCAACAUGUGGAGUGCCAAAGGUUCUGCAGCCCUGAUCUAACAUAAUGACUACAUUUUAGACAUCAUGAUAAACCUUGAUUUAUUGUGGUGCAAAGGAGCAGAAGAGGAUUGUGAAACUGACUUAUUUCAACAAAAAGUGGUUAAGAUUAACUAUGUUCAGGGGUUGAACAUAACACUAAAGUGCAGUUAAUAAAAAAUGGAAGUGAACACUUCCAAUUUCUGACUGAGCCAGAGGAAAGCUGGUGACAGUAGCCUGAGGUUCACUGCAGCUCAUUCUCAUAGCAAUGAAACAGUUUUUAUUUCCUUCAUUCUUGUUAGUAUAAGAAAAAUGAAACAGGCCAACUGUUGUGGGUUGACAGUUCUCUGGCUAAUAGCUAGUUUCUCUGGUUUACUUUCAGAUCAUAUAAAUAUUUAACCUUUUACAGAAGGUUGUAUUUGAUAGGUAGUUUCUUCCACAACAAAAUUACUGAUUGACAGUUUGUAUUCAAAAGUUCAUAUUCGGCUGUAACAUAAAUGAUUAGAAGAAUUAGGCAAAAACAUUGCUUCUUCGAGGCUCCCACAUUGGGACUACUGAAUUCAAUGUCACCAUCUCCAUACUUUUGACACAAUAGAUUAGGAAGAUGUCCUUUCACUUUAGCCUUGCUCAGACAAUGGAUUAAUGUUAAAUGAAUCAUCCUCAGAUGUUAGAGCAGGAGUAGUCAACAUAGUGCCCUAUAGAUGUUGUUGGAUUCCAACUCCCAUCAGUCCCAUCCAGCAUGGCAAGUUGUCAAGAAUGAUGGAAGUUAUAAUCCCAACAAUUGGAGGGUCCCAUAUUGGCUAUCCUGGCUUAAGGGAACAAACCAGCUUCAAAUGAUGGUUUAGAAGGUUGGCUUCUUUUACAAAGCCAUAGUUUUAUGAUUAAGUACAACUUAGGGUUUAUAUGAACUAAUUAAUUGUGGUUAAUUAAAAAUGAAAAUGGAUGUUUCUGAUCUCAGAGCCUGAGGAUCAUGCACACAAUGCUAAGGCAGUCAAUUGUAUACUUCUGUUUUUUUAAUAUCACACCUAACUUCACUUUUAGGGUAUCAUAUUAAAAUUGAAGCUGAUAUUGUAUACACGUUUAUGAUUUUCUUUAGUACUGUUUAUUAGACACAAGUGAGUUACUGUCUUCCUUAAUUUGAACAUGUGAUUGUUCUAGAGAAACUGGCUUAGAAAUCCAGGUGUUAAAAGAAAGAAAAAGCCAUUAAUUAUCUCACAAAUUAAAUGUUGAUUAUGUUUGAAGUGAAUCAUUUCUUGACAUAAAUAUUUGGUAGAGAAAAGUGAGCAGAAGAGUACACACAGAUAUUUGGAUAUUCUCAGUGUAUACUUGAGUCUCUUAAGGCCUGUUCAGCCACAUGAAGGUUUGUGUAGCAUUGCUGCCUAAUUGCAGGGUGGCAAAUUUGCCCGAUUGCCCCGCCAUUUUACCAGAUAUUGGAAGUGGUUCUUUGUUAAUUACUAUGACUCAUUUGGGAUGAGCACAGAAUGUAAAAGAGGUAUAAUUUAAUUAGUUCUUAAGCUAAUCAUAAUAUACGUGGGGGUGGCAUUUUGGGAAGGACAGCUAUAAACUGGGUCAGAUUCAGCACCAAGGAAAGAAUAUGUAGAAAACAUUGAUAUACCCAGUUUGUAAGUGCCUUUUGAAACUGCAACCAUGGAGCAGAAGGGAAAUCUCCGUUUCUUUGACUGUCGGGAGUGCUAAAACACUAUAUUUUCAACACAGUGGAAAACAGCAGUGAAGAAUUAGCUCAGUCUGUUUCCUGCUGUUACCAUUUCAGAAUGUACCUAUUUGAUGUUGUUAAACAUCCAUAGGAUUGUAGAGAUGUAAGUACAGGGGACUUCUCACUAAAUAGCAAUCUAUCCAGGUUGUAUCCAUUGAAUGAACUACGUACAGGCCUGAGUUUUCAACUAAACGUUUUUAAAGCUUUUUGUCAUCCAAUAAAAGAACAUGCUAAUUUUAUUAUUUGUUUUAUUGUCAGCUUCUUUGGAGCCAUUUAACUGAAGGAUUGUAUGCAAAUGUACAAACAGGCAGUGGCAAGCUGGGCAGUGAGCAAAGCUGCCUUGGAGACAGGAAGGGGUCCCUGCUCAUGCUGCCUGCUCUGUUGCUGGGCCUGCUGGCACCAUUGCCUUCUGCAGGGCUUCCCCCCUUGGUGAAGCCCACCCAAAGUGUCCCAUGGCUGGUGGAAACAAGCAUACACCACUAGAACAAGAAACACUCACUCUCUCUGCUGGGGACAGUAGGCAGGCCUGGCUUGUGGCUGAGGGUCAGUUUUUUUUAAAUCUCCAUGCUUAUCCCAGGACAAAGCAGAUUUCCUAUGCGGUGAUGAAUGCAUUGUCUGAAGUUCUUCACUCAGUCUUUAUUCAUCCGAUGCCACUGAAGAUAUUUUUACACACACUUAGAUUCUUUUUGAUAUCCACAGUGGUUUUAUUGUUAAAUUGAGAUUGGCAAGAAACAACCAAACAAGGUUGGUUUUUUUGUGUUAGAAGGUAUUUCCCCCCCCACUUUGUGAUCCCUUUUGGGGGCGGGGAGCAGAAAGAAAAAGAGAGAGAGAAAUGAGAUGAUGGUAGAAAGGGAUAACAAAGGGGUGGCCCUGUCAAUGUUUAAUUGCCCCCUGGCCACUGCUUGUGGGUGGCCCUAUAUAGAAAAAGGGUUCUACACUUCUCUUUCAAUGUAAAAACUUUUGUCAGUAUCGGUAUAAAAACAUUCAUGCCAUAGGCUACUUGCAGUGUUUGUGACUGCUGUAAAAAGAAUUGCUAAACACACAAUAGGGUUGUUAUGCGAAGAUAAAAGUUCACCAGUUUGGUGUAUUUCUCUUUGUUUCAGUGUUGAGAUUAAAAAUAAACCAGAUUGCCACCCUCGUAGCACAGGUGUAGCAGUUACCUAAAGGCUGUGCCAAUAAUUCUUCACUGGGGUUGGGGCAAACUGGCUUUCAAUCCAGGAGGUCUGCAUUCUUAUAUGAAAGUGCUUUCAAUAUCCAUGACAAAGACAUGACUCAUAGCAAAGAACAAACUGUGUGUGUGUGUGUGUGUGUAGGUAUUUAUGUAUUGCUUUUCAAGCAGACCUCAAAAAACAGUCAUAAGUUUAUUACAACAAUAAGCAUUGAUUUUAAAAAGUAGUAAAAUAAAAAAGACACCCUGUUUAGAAGAAGCUAUUACUUCUAUUAUCUAGUUACAUAAUCCUGAAUCCAUGGGAUUAAAAGAAGAUGCAUUCCUGGCUCCAAUCUUGACAGUACAAACUGAUAAAAGUCUUGUAGAGUGGGAUCCAAUGUAAUCGUGCAGGGAAUGGAAUUCAUUUGUUUCCUUCUAUAAACAGAAGAUCCUUUCAUUGAUGGAGUGACUGUUGGAUCACACUCAUUUAUCUUGACUACUAUGAAUACCUAGGGAAUGAUCGGGUAUAGUUCCAAGUUGAUAAAACACUUAGGAAGCAGCUGAGCUCCAGUUUCCCUUUCCGAUUCAUGGAUAAGGCUGUGUUUAAUCUCUUAGUCAAAAAGGCUCUUCUUUGUAGAAAAGCAGCAAAUAGGUCCAGUUGUAUUUAUGAGACACUGCCUUUUCAAUUGCAAUUUCCUCUAAAAUUAAAGAGGCAAUUUUGUAUAUGUGGUGGAAUUAAAAUGUGUCCACCAUGUUGGUGGUAAUGUUACAAUAUACAAGGUUAAUUCUAUCAUAUGAUAGCCCCCAUGGGGUUAUAUCCAGAUUUUGAGCACAGAGCGGCCAAACAAUUAACAAAAUAACUUUACAAUUGUUAAUCCUGUGUUGGUGUCUUUACUAUGCUUUUUCCUUAACAGUUGAAAAGGUUAUUGCACGAAAGAGAUGUCACUCAUAACUACUGGAAAUUGCCAAUGGAAAGCUUGUGACCCAUUUGCUUAAACUCUUGGCACCACCAUAUUUGGGAACCUGCUUUCAUGGAAAAGUUAACACACCAGAUAAGAUUGUCGAAAGGCUUGUCUGAUACUUUCCAAAUAAAAUAUUUGUUUGUUUUUGUAAAUGGAAACCCUAUUGCAGUGUAAAUCUUGGGGACUGACCUGAUUACUAUAGAUCAUGAUUUGCCCUAAGACUGUCAUUGUUUAGAAGAGGUGUGGCUAAGCUGUGGCUCUUCAGAUGUUGCUGAAAUACAGGUCUCCUCCAUCCCAGCUAGCAUGGGGCAAUGAUCAGGGAUGGUAUGUGUUGUAGUUGCUGAUUGAUCACAUUUAAUAAUGACUUCUGGGAAAGUAAAGUUCUACUUAACUAUGAACUUUUAUUCUAGAUUGUGGCAAUUUUUAAUUUUGCUUGCUUUUACUCCUUGAAUCAAUGCAUUUUGAGUCACAGGGAUCUCCUGCUGUUUCUUUCUUUUCACUUGUACAUAGCGAGUCUUCUCAAGGGGCAAUGGUUUUGUUGAAUGACUUCUGCUGGUGUUUCAUUGAUGUAAUGGAUUUAGGGGUUGCUCGUGCCUAGGUUACCUGGUUAACCCUUUCUGACUGAACAGCCUCCAGCAUCGUGACUGUCUCAGUCGCUGGCAGAAUCAGUCAGUGGGCGUUUCUUAAACCUUUUCCAGCAUAAAAGUUGUUUGACGCCAAGUCUCCUCCUACUCUCCCUGCGCGGAAGUCUUCUGCGCAGGGUGUGGGCAGCGGAGUACCCGUACUCUCUCCGCUGGUCUCCAGUGAAGAGUCUUGGAGCCUCCUCCCCGAUUCCCCCACCUGCCCCCCUUCUCCACUGGUGUUACGCUGAUUUCCUUCCCCAGCAGAUGGGCUGCCUCUCUCCCUACUGGGACCCUCUCCUGCAUCCCUUUGGAGCCUUCCCUCCGCCUCUAGCUCCGAUGGCAGUUCCCUGACAAUUGACAACUUGGAUUUUGCCCUUUAAAAUAUUUGAACCUGUAUUGACAUUUGUAAGUUUACCUCCAUAGAUUCUACCUUCUUUUUCACUGCUUGAUUUGUAAAUCAAUUAUUUUAUUGAAAUCGUUGACAGUGGGAAGCCUUUUGCCUUGUUUGGAAACUUGGCAACUGCAGCAGUGAAUGGCACCUUACUGUUGACCAGUUAAUUAAAAACCAUUCAUUAUAAAAUGCAUUAUAAACAUUUGAAUAAGUGUGAUUUUAGAGGAUAAAAUCAGUUGGAUGGAGGGGUCACAGUGAAGGUGUUGAUGUCAAGCAUCAGUUGAGAGAGAGCCUUAAUGUUAAGAUAACAGGUAGCUUUUAAAUACAGCAGAGUGGCUGUAGUUGUAAUCUGAAGACUGUGCAUGGUGAUUGGCACAUGCAUAGGGAAUUUUCACUUCUUUCUUCGAAGUGCUCCUGAGACUAUCCUUGAAGGCUUCUUCAAAGCAUCACCCAAUCAUAGAAUAAUAGAACUUCUACCAGGAAGAAAACCCAGACAGCAUUUGGUAAACACAACAAAUCUGCAUUCUGUGAUUGGCAUUUGGAAUGCAGACAUUUGGCUCACCCAUGUUAUAUGGCACAUAAUAUGCUAUAUACUGUGUAUAUUGCAGUGAAUAUAUUAUAAUGUCUGCAACUUCAACUUCUAUGCACAUCUCUUCUACAGUAGUACGCUGGAAGAGAAGAAAAGUUUUUCUCUUGAUCUUGCUUAACAUUUUGUUGUUUGUUCCAUUUCUGAUCCAACAAGCUGCAUGAUGUAUUUUCUCAGCAGCAAUUCUGUUGGUGGUCCUAGGUGGUGCAUUUUUUUCAGGAAAAAAGGCAUCUCAGUUCCUUUGCCAGAAAUUACACAUACUGAACACCAUCUUGCAGUUUGAAAUGAACUCUUAUUUUUUUUUAAUGCAUCUCCAGUUUUCCUUCCUUGUUUUAGUGGAUCAGUUUUCCCUAUGUGUAGGAUAUUGCCUUGGAGCUCCUUAACUUUUCUAACAUGAUAAAGAUUCAUAGUUCUGUUUCUGUUGAGGAUGGAAAUAUAUUGAUCAUUAUAACAGGUAUUCUUGGAAUUAUAAUGGGACCUUGAGGUCUAACCGAAAAUACUGUAUUUACUCAAGUCUAAUGUGCACUUCAAUUUUCAGAACCUUGAAAGUAUUUGCUGGCGAAUGUAAAUGUGCCUUCGAAUCUAAUGUGCACCUUAAUUUUCACAACGUAAUUUGGCCAAAAAAGGUGAGCAUUAGACUCAAGUAAAUACAAUAUUAAUUUACACCCUUUUGUGUCCUGCUUUUCCUUGAAGGAGUUGAGGACAGCAUAGAUGGAAUUAGAUAUUAUUUUUAAAACAACUAUGUAGGAUUGUGUAGGUUUCAGGCCAUGAAUAAUUUGGCCAAGGCUGCACAGCAGACUUUGUGGCUGAUCAGAUAUUGAUUCUCCCAUGAUCAAUUGGGGCAUCUCAUUGUUUGGCUGGUAUCCUCUCAGCUUUUUUAGAGGUCUUAAUUCCUCUUUAUUAUCUCAUGAUGCAGCAUAGUUUUAAAGCCAUAGUUGUCGAACAGUUUUGCUUUCCAAUCCUAUCCAAUUCAAUCCAAUGCCCUCUGCCAUCCUAGAUGGAAACAGACUCUGUAUUUGUGGGCAAGCGCAGGCGGAAGACAUCUUGCACUAUUUACUAUGUUGCCCACUAUACAUGGGACCCAGGAGGCAAUUUCUCACCACCCAUACAUGAAAGAUGUCUCCCCUGGCAGAAAAGUUCCUAUGGCUUCUUAGCGAUGUAAACACUUCAGUGACUCUUCAGUCACUUCAGUCGCCCUUUUUGCUUUGGUGGCCAAAAAGAUCAGAAAGAAGACCCAGUGAACUGCAAGGGCGCCACAGAUACCUAAAUAGAGACCAUUGCUUGUGGUGCAACACCCCUUUUGCUUGUAUUUAUUUUUUAUUCAGAUUUGUCAUGACCAGUGGAUAGUACAAUAAAGUUAUUGGGAUCGGACUGCAUUUCUUGAAUUUGAAUGCCAAUUUUUCCAAUCUCCUGUCUCAGCUUAGCUUUUCCAAGACAAUUUUGGCACUGCAUAUUGUCAGUUUGUUGCCUGUGUUAUUUUUGUGGUGUCUUUGCUUCUACAGUGGUACCUCGGGUUACAUACACUUCAGCUUACAUACGUUUCAGAUUACACACUCCACUAAGCCAGAAAUAGUGCUUCAGGUUAAGAACUUUGCUUCAGGAUGAGAACAGAAAUCAUGCUCUUGCGUCAUGGCGGCAGCAGGAGGCCCCAUUAGCUAAAGUGGUGCUUCAGGUUAAGAACAGUUUCAGGUUAAGUACAGACCUCCAGAACAAAUUAAGUACUUAACCUGAGGUACCACUGUAUAGAAAUGCUUCCUCGUGGUCAGCUUCCUGUAUCUCAAUUACAGUGUUUGAAAGCAUCAAUCACACUGUCAUCUGGAUUUAUGGUGGGUACAUCUCUCACCUAUGUAAAUAGCUUUGAUGGAAAUCAUACAAGAAAUCCACGUGAUUUAAACUUUUACAUAUUACCAGUGGCUAGUUUUAGAUAUAACACUAAAACAUGGUUUAUUUAGAUUGCUCUGUCUGGCUAGUUUGAAUGUUCCUCAGCUAGCUAGCUAUGGGUUUCAGUCUUAUAAGUAAGCCUGCAAAGCUUUUUACUAGCCAUGCUGGUUGCAGAAAAAUGGAAGGCCAGGUAAACGUCAGGAUAUGUUGUACCUUCAAGAGACUUCACUUGGAUCUUUAUUUGCAAAGGCUCACUUCUAUAAAGUCUGAGAAUCUCUUGCUUACACACUUGUAAUUGAAGGAGUUGUUGCACAUACUUGGUUGCACAGCAUUUUAAAAAAAUGCACCAUCACUUCCUCAUUUUAACUCAACGCUUGCUAAACACCUAACAAGUUUAGGUGCGUAAGUAGCAGAGUUCCAUCUUCAUAUGGAAAAUUUUGAGAGUUCAGACUUCAUUGUUCAGGUAAAGUCUUUUUUUGAAAAGCAUUUAAGAACAUUUGUCUGCAAAAAAUUAAGUAGGAAAUGUGUGUGUUUGUGUGUGUGGUGCAAUUUGUUUUUUUGGGGGGGUGUUAUCUCAAGCUGUAGAAAAAUUGUGUUUCUUAAUGAGAAAUGUGGUUGACAUCACAAUUGUAUGCAUGUUCUGUUUUCUCAGCAGUAAGUCCCACUGUGUGUGUCUAGCUGCUUAUUAUUAUUAUUAAAUUUGAUUGAUCACCUUCUAAACCACCAUUUCAAGGCGAUUUGCGUAUUAUUACUAUUAUUAUAUAUUUAUCCCUGGUGGGACUCAAUUAAAAUGAACAGUAAAAAAGCAAAAACAACCAGGUAAAUGUGCAUAGAACUGCAUCCUAAGUGACACUGCUGACAAAAGACUGUCCCUCUAUACAGAAAGCAGCCUAGCUGAUCUCUCAAGGUGCAUUCUUAUACUAUUGUUAUGAUACUUAAGAGAUUGUCUUUGAAAUGUAUUUUUUUUUUACCAAGCUUCAAACCUUGUUCAGUAGUAAUAUAACUGUUCAACAGUAAAUACACAUGUCUUUUCUAAUUAUACUUUCAUAAUAAGUAACACAAAUGCUGGGGCCCAGUUUAAAAUUUUAUUUAACUUUUCUGUUAUGUAUUGCAUAUUGUCUAAGGAAAUUGUUUUCAGAAGUACAGUAUAUGAUUUGUUUUCAAACAAAAAUGUAUCUGAUUAGUUUAUAACGUUAUUGAAAAAGAUUUUAUGUCUUAAAGUAAACAUCAGAAGUACUUCAAAAAAGUAAGUUUAAAAUUUAGUAUUCAAAAUGAGUCAAGAGUUACAAAAUGCUUUUGCUCCAUCUAAAAAUAAGUUGUACUUGUGCUAUAAUUCCUUAGCUGUCUCCGCUUUGGUGACAGGUAUAAUUUGCAUACAUUAUGAUUGAGAAUUUGCUUGAAAUCUGAAUAGCUUUGAAAGAGUACUAGCAUGAACUAGUGAAAAAAAGGGAAGAGAUGAUUCCAAUUUAUCCAUUUUUUGGGGGGAGGAAUGAGAGAACAAUUUGGUUAUUGAAUUAGGGAUAUUGGGUAUUAUCUAACACUGUAGUUCUGCUGGCUCAGUGGACUUCUCUGCAUACAACAGAGCUUCUUCUUCUCCUGUUCCCUCCAGCCACUUGUACACCCUCAAAAUCAGCAUUAGAGGGUUGGCGGAACCCAAGAUUUGAUUUUUGGGACAUGCAGGGAAGGAAAUGAAAGUCCCAUUCCACCAGCAGAGGAUUGGAUGCAAUCCAUUGCGUAGUUGAUUAUCACUCUCAUUAAUAAAGAUGAUGGCCAGUGUUCAAUACUGUUACUUCAUAGGAACGUGUGUCUGUGUGUGAUGCCAACUAAUUGCAAACUAAGCCUAGAGGCUGGUAUUGCUUGCAUAUAAAUUUAUUUUGUAUUGCAAAUUGUAUUUGCCAUUUUGGCUUUGUUCUUUCUGGAGCGUUAGAUAAGAAUAAGGUGAUUAGUGCCUGCAACACAAUGCAUAGCUUUGCCAAUUCCUGAGGCUUUCAAAUAAUUUUAUUAUUUGUACCCCCAAAAUACUAUGUAACAACCAUGAGAGCUAUAUCCAAUGACUGGCAAUUUUUAUUUUAUUUUAGAAGGUAAAUCUAAAUUCUAGAUUUUCUUCAAAGAUGUGCUUUUCGUUGUUCAAAACCUGCUGAAAAAUUGCCUUGCAACUUUUAAGAGAAUUCGUAUCUGAUUGAAGACACUGGCUAGUAAUUUCAUUAUUUAUAAAAGAAUUUCAACCAUUCAGGAAUGAGCAGUCCUGAAUCAUUUUGAUCUGUAUUUGUUUGAAGUAAUAUUUCUCAAUGGGAUAUACUAAGGUGGCUGAGAUGCAGUGCUAAACUGUGGUUUGACAUUCUGUGAAUGAGCCUUGUGCUUGCACUUUCCCAUUUCUUCUUCUCUGCUGCUCUAGUUUGCCCACAUACCAGGAUUGUAAACCUGCAGCUUGUGAACUACGUUUGCAGGCAAACUAUGGUUUGUAUAUACCAGGUGUGCCCAAACUUUUUUUCCAAGAGGGCCAGAUUUGAUGAAGUGAACAUGCAUGAGGGCUGAUUGAAGUUGUUGAAUUUUGGGGGGGAUUUCCCCCCAGAGUUGUUGACCUUUGGGGGCCAGAUUGGGACUUUGGACAUGCCUGGUAUAUACCAUAUACAAACCAUAUUCCUGGUUCAGUUGUAAUGGCAAACUGUAGUUUUCCUUCUAAUUCAGAAGUGAAUUGAGAGCAUGAAGUGUGUAAGCACAGGGUUCAUCUAUGUAAUAAGUCUAAACCAACAAUGAAUAAUUCUGUGCAUUGUCAAUAAAAUCAGUAUCAUCAGUGAUCCCAUUAGUGUUUGAAGCCCUAAAUGACAAGCACAAGUAUCAGAAAGGCCAUUGCCUUUUGAGCAGACCCUCUUCAGUCUGAAGAUGGUAGUUUCACUGCUUUUGGAGGUUUUGAGGGUGGCACCCCAGAAGAGAGCAUUCUCUGCUGCAACCUCUGAGCUGUGGAAGUUCUUUUUCACAGAGGUGUGCCUGGCACUUGCGUUAUGUCGUUUUCAUUAUCUAGUGAACACAUUAUCUAGUGUACACACCUCUCUACCCUAGCCUCUGAGAUCUGAGAUAUACAUUUUAGGAGUUUGUCUGUUCUGUUGAUUGUAACUUGGUAAGGGGUAGAUAAGAAAAAUAAUAAUAAACAUAAUAAUAAAACGGACAUGGGAGAGUGGUGAUUAUUCAAAUUUCCAUCAGCCCUUUCCAGUAGGAAUGAUGGGAACUGUAGUAACCUUGUUUUAAAAAAUACAUUACUAUACAGUAUUUCUUCAUGAUCUGAUAUCUUUUGGGCAGUGUUUGAAAACUUCCUUGCUAUAAAUUUUGAUUGACUGCUUAAAUAGGUGUAGUUGCAUGAACCUGGAAUACAUCCAUGUAAGAGGUCAAUGAAUCAUUUAAGGUGACUAUGGACUAAAUGAUAAAAUAAUUUUAAAAAUCAAUUUUAAGUAUCUAAGAAAUGUAGUUUUUCUUUGCUUUCAAUCAUAUUGGCCUAAGGUUUUCCUUUCCUUUAAUGAAUAAAAAAAAUAGCUUUUGCUUUAAUGAAUAAACAUUGAAUUAGUCCAAUUCUCCCCACUGAGUGAAUUAGCCCCAGGCACGAAGAUUCAGAGAUGUUUCCUGUUGAACUUCUCUGAACUUUUGACUCAUGGUGGGUGCAGCAUUUCGUGCAAAUGGUCAAAUAUCUUCAAAUUACUCCCACAAAAUUAAACUUGAAAAUCUGCAGAGUUAAUUUUAUUUGAUGUGCUGCAGCACCAGAUUAUACAGUAUGUGUUGCAUCUAACUAAAUUCUACUUGGGGUAGGCCCGCAGAAAUUAAUGCAUCUAAGUUAGUUGUGUCCAUUAAUUUCAGUGAGUCUGCUCGUGAGUAUGACUAAUACUGGAUACAACCCACAAGUGUAAUUUGAAAGAUCUAUGGGCAGAGCUGGUCAAAGGUUAGUUUCUAUGGAGUCCCACUGAGAAUGACAAAACUAUGACAUUAGAAUGUUUAAAACUGUGUUUAAAACAAAAUAACUAAAUCAUGUGUCUGGAUAGGCUUGCUGAAACAGAAACAUCUAAAAGUAACAGAUAUGCAAGAGGUAAACCACCAACCAUACUACAAGGUAUAAAACAUCACAGAAGGACCAAGGAAAUAGGAAAGUUCUUAAAUUUAAUGCUGGAAACACAAUAUGGACACCACAAAGCUUUCUAGGGAGAGCUUUCCAUAACCAGGAAGGCAGCACCGGAAAGGCCCCUUCUCUCAUGGUCAUACUCUGGAAUACUGAAUGAAGGAGCAUGAGGAAGUGCCUCUUUUGGUAACCUUAAUGUAUGGGUAGGUGCAUUUCUUUAGGUAGUGAAGUUCUAAGAGCAGUAGUGGGGUCAAAAAGCAGGUGAAAUUACCUGUGGUUCAUAAUUAUGGUAAUUUUAGGUGGAACUAACAGAUGACUACUUGAAUUUUUGCAGACGUUUUGAAGUACUGUACAUGAAAUUGCUCACACAUACAGUGAAACUUAACCAUUUUUAUUACCCAUUUAUCAAAAUGAAAGAGCUGAGCAUGUGCUUAAAAUUGUCCAUAGUAGUAGAUUGGAUCAAAAAGUGCUUAAGUUGCCAGAAGUAUAUCCAUAAGGUAGAACUGACUAUGGAGAUGACAGUUUUCUCCAAGUUUGUCACAGUGUGGUUUACAAAAAAAAAAAGACAGUAUGAAGCAAAAAACACAACAAGCAAAAGCAAAAUAAAGCAUCAUGAAAUGUAGUUGAUUUUGUCCAGACUCUGGGUGACUGUUGCGAAUACAGGAUUCCUUUAUGUAUACAAUGAAACAGUUGCUAUAAAUGAACAAAAACCCUAUUUUUAUCACCUUAGAAAAUUUUCUUUAUGUUCUAACAUCUCUAACCCUUAUAAAAAAUAAAAGAAUGACGGGAGGAAUUCACUGUAGUGCUAAGCAGAUUGCUCCAUCUGUGCCCUGAGCCAACUUUGGGGGAGGCAGGGGUGGAACACAGAAGGAAGAGAGGGUAUCGUUAGUUGAAUCCUUCCUACUAGCUUGCAUUGUUAGCGGAGCAAGAAGAAAAAAGAUUGUCUUUCUAAUUUUAGAAGAUAUGAGGAUGAUGUGAUUUUUUUUUUGGUCUAGAGCAACUGUAAUGAAUUUGAAGCACUUACGUAAGCAUGUGAAAUAUAGAUUAUAAGGAAACUGUUCUAAGGAGAUGUAGGAUUUGUGUAAGGUGGCUCAACGGACUGAGAUCAGGAAUUGACUUCAAGGACAAUUCAAUUUAUGAGUUGAAUGUGCCUGCAGAGAUAUUAUUUAAAAUUUCCUUAUGUUCUGUCAAAAUUCUAUCAAACUAGAGGCUGUGGCACCAAGGGUAUGUACCACCAUACAAAGUGGAUGCAGUAGCAGGACACUGUGAGAGAGAAAGAAAGAAAGAAAGAAAGAAAGAGAGGGAAUAUGAAGCAAAAUAAAUGAAGAAUGUGACAUUUUUAAGAGAGAAGUGUUUACCGAACCGGCUAAACAUAAAGCUACUUAUUUUAAGAAGGCUAGGGAUGGCAUUAACAGAUUACGUACUGAGCUAUGUAAGGCACAAGCAAAUGAGAUGCUGCAAUGUAUAUUUGGUACCUAAGGCAGAUCAAUAUUAACAAAGACUCGGUUGUUUCAUUUAACAAAUCUGUUAAGUUAUUCUUUAGAUAAUGGGCAUGCAUCCUUCUAUCCACCCCCACCUCCCCCCAAAAGACAGAAUGAGACAGAAUGAAAUAGAACCUAAUAUAGACUUUUUCACAUGUUCAGAAUGCAAGGGGCUUCAUAAUGGUUUGGGCUAAGUAAUUAUUAGAGAUGUGAAUAAUCUUACUACUUACUACACAUUGUAUGGGGUGGUUCUCAUAACAAGGAGUGUCUAAUCCUAUAUAUCCCUGCCUGCUUACUGAGGCUGUUGGGGGAAGUCCCUCUUUGCUGUGCUCUAUGGUUUAUAGCCACAAGGAGCCAUGUGUUCAGUAUUGUGGGCCCAAUUUUAUGGAACUCCCUUCCAGUUGAGAUCAGAGUGACCCCAUCAUUGUUGAAUUUAUGGUGCCUACUGACAAUUUCUUAUUUCAGCAGGCAUUUUAAUUGACGUCUCAUUUCAUAGUUUUGAUUGAUUUUUACCUUUUCUGGUUUUUUUUUUGGUAAACUGCUUAGAAACUAUGAUAGUUAAGUUCUAUAUAAAUUGCUAUAAUAAAUAAACACUGUAGGUCAAACUGCGCCACAGCAAGAUAGCACCAGUGGGUGGGCUGCCAAUGAGAAGCAUCAGCUGUUUUGUUCCACCUUGGUCUCUUUUACUGCUGUGCCAUGCUGAGCUAAGCCAAGGUGUGGCCACUGUGACCUUAUACCUGUAUUAUUGUAAAGCACUCUGUGUGGGGAUUCCCUUGUUUAAGGCAAGCUUUUCCCUGAACUUGAACUUCUGAUCUUAUUGUUUUAACAGUUUUAAAAACUUUUUCAUUGUCAUGCUUUUUAACUGCCUUGAUUCAUUGUGUAUUUUAAUUAAGGAUGCCUUAAUGCUUCAUAUGUUUUAUUUAUUUCAUAAAAUUUAUACACUGCUUGAUUGUGUAUUAAAAAAACCAACCCAAAUAAUUAAAAAUACUAACACACAUUAAAAUUCACAUCAGCAUUUCUAAGCAUCUAGGCUUCUAAGCAUCUAGGCUUGGUGCAUAUAUAAAGAAAGAAAUAAAAUUUACUUUAACGUAUUUUUAAAAUUAGUCUCUUUUAUCCUAUCAACCAAUGGUAGCAAAAAACGAAUAAUGAGCAGCCAAAUCUUUUCCAAUAGUUUUAGAUAAAGAGUCAUGAAUGGGACCUGCAACAACAAAGUGUAUAUCCUUGCCUCCUAGUAGGAGUUCUUGCUUUCAGGGAGUCAGCUAGCUGUUUUUCUUGAGAAUAUUUAAGCAGCAAGGAACUGAAGAAGUCCAAUUCUCUGUCCCCUUCCACUUUUUCCUUUUUUUAAACAUCUUACACAAUAUUCCUUGGCUUCUGGAGUGUUUAGACAUUAGUGGGCUAUUUCUUGGUGGGGGUGGGUGGGGAUUGCUGCCUUUGGGUUUUAAAACAUAUAUUCUACCUGCGUAUUUUGAGGUUUAGCUGUACAGUACAUGCUGAGGCCUCCCUCUAGUUUCCUAGAGGCUCUGCUUUAGCAUCAGUCCUGCUAACACUCAAACUGCCCGAGUUUGCUAUUAGAGGGAAUGAUAUCACACACAGAUGUAUUAUUGUAGGAAGAAACUAAGCUUGAAAAAUCAGCACUGAAAAAAAUGCAAAGUAUGCAUUCCAAGCUAUAUAAUCUGUUACUAGAUCCGAUCUCUUAGAGAGAAAGCAAUCAUAUGACCGAAUGGAAUAAAGUUCUAGGCAUACGACUGGAAAUAUCAUUGCAGGUUGGCCUCUACAGUAUCCCCAACUUUGACUGAAAAUAAUUAUAAAGUGACUUUCCUAUGACAUUUUAUUUUUUAUUUGUUUAAUAGAUGUUCAUCCUGCUUUACUGUAAACAUAUAGUCAAAGUAUAUAGUUAACAUUUGUCGAACUUUCAACAUCAAGAGCCAUAAUAAUCUGCAACAUUCCAGUCUCAUAGUAGCAUCAGUUAACCGAUCCAUAUGCAUCGCUUUCAAUAGUCAUAAAUCUGCUGAAACAGUUUCAUGUGCCUAUUCAAAUGUCGGAAUGGAAGGAACCCAACAGACCUCCCCAAGGAUGCAUCUGCCAAAUGGUGAAGGGACACAGAGCAGGGCCUCUGAAGCCAAGCUGGUUCACAAUGGAGUAAAUAUCCAGAGACUGGCAGCACAUUUUGUGUGAAGGAAAACCUUUUUUUUUGCACUUAGUGGAGGUAUCCUAGGAUACUGCUGGGGAACCUUUUUUGCUGCCGAGGGCUGCAUUCACCUGUGGGACCACAUUUGGGCAGAACUGGAGGUGGCACGGGGCAAGGCAUGGGUGCAACUCUCCUCUUGUUUGAAGAUGGCUUGCAUGCCAUAUAUGCUUGGUGCUUGCUGUAGCCCCCUUCCAGCCACCCAUCUUUCCAUUAAGCUCAGUAUUAUAGUGUGAGGGCUGAGAUUGAUUUUGCUUGGCAAGCCUUGCUCUAUCCACUGAAGCUGCUACUUGCAACUGGCUUCUAAAUUCAUCUGGCAUGAAGGCAGAUCUUCAGAAGAGAAAGUUUUGAGAUACAUAGUUGCAAAAAUAUGACAUUUCCUAAAACUUUUUUUCUUGUCCAGUAGGCUCUUCUGGCCUUGUUUAGUCUUUCUGGUGGUGCAUACUGGCCUUCAAAUAUGAUAAGGCUACUCAACCUAAUCAUGCAACCUUCGGCAUUCUUCAAGGCCUACCAGUGCUGUGAGUCACUUCUCUGGAGCAGACAGAAAGAGCUCUCCUUUUUCUUCUCCUUUCUGUACUAUAUAUUUAACCUUUCUCUGAUGGUUGUACCAUUUUUAGAAUAGCUGAGGAAAAGAGGUGAUGCCUCAUGUAAUCUUUGCCAGUUAAAUCUUUAAAGUGCUUGAAGUGACCUUUUGAGUUGGGGCACUCUUCUUAAAGCAUAAGCGCUCCAUCAAAAAAAAGAAAAGAAAAAGAAAAACAUAUUAAAGCUGGAAUUAAUACUGACCAUGGUAAUAUUUGAAUGCUCUUUACAAUAAAGAAAGACUUAAGCAGGGACUGUAGUUCAGUGAAGCUUGCUAUGAAGCACUUUUGAAUCAGCUGAGCUAAGGAACCACAAAUCAUUAUUAGCAUAAGCCAAGGUUCAUAAGUCAACAACAAACCAUGGCUCUGUGUUGCAUUGUUGCAUGUAAACUAGGCAAAUGAAUUGACAUAAUAAAAAAGUAACUUGAAUUGAGUCAAUAACUGGAGUAGAAAAUACCAGGCAUAAUCAAGUGCUUGUUGUAAAAACUGAGUUUAACGUAGAGCACCUACACACACUGUUCUAGUGCUGAAGAUGUCUAGAAACUGUUUCUUAUUCUUUGGAUCCAUUCUGAACUAGAUGUCACAAUGAUUUCAAGUCCAUUGGAGGUCCCUGUAGCACCAUCUAGUUAUAGCCUGACAGUCAUUUCAGUUGUUGCAGCCUGAGGAUAGACCAUGGGUAGGCAAACUAAGGCCCGGGGGCCAGAUCCGGCCCAAUCGCCUUCUAAAUCCGGCCCGCGGAUGGUCCGGGAAUAAGUGUGUUUUUACAUGAGUAGAAUGUGUGCCUUCAUUUAAAAUGCAUCUCUGGGUUAUUUGUGGGGCAUAGGAAUUCGUUCAUCCCCCCCCCCCAAUAUAUAUAGUCGGGCCCCCCACAAGGUCUGAGGGACAGUGGACUGCCCCCCUGCUGAAAAAGUUUGCUGACCCCUGGGAUAGACCCAUGACAAGGACUUCUCAGUGGCAGUUCCCUAUUUGUGGAAUGUUCACUCCAGUGCAGUGUCUCCCUCACUCAUUAACAUUCAGGAAUUUUUAAAAAAAAACUUCCCUUUUUACUCAUCCACUUGCUGGCUGAAAUAGACUGUAACCAGGCACCUUGAAAUUACAUAGCUGUGAGGAUACGAACCCAUUUUAAUGUAUUUUUAGAUGCUCUUUAAUUGUUUAAAAAUAUUUAAAAUAUGUUUUAUUUUUAACUGUACUGUUUUACCACUUGGUGAUUUGCUGUUCUAGGUUCCUUUAGUAGAAAGGGCAGGAUAUAAAUUUAAUAAAGAGCCAUAACGACAGUAAGAAUAAGUUUGUAGUCUUUGUUUUUUGCUGCUAAAUGGCAUAUGAAACCUUUUCUGGCAGCCUUGGAACAGUCACAUUAUGCAGACUUGCUAAAAAAAGUCUUCAGUGCCAAAUGAUGUAAAAAGUGGCUAGUCAAGUCAUCUUAUUCAAUGGAAUUGUGAGUGCGGUGGCCAGCUGCUGCUUAAGCAGUGACACUUUUGCUUUAUAACAAAAAGGCACCUGUCUGCAUCACCAUACUGGUUUGGCACGUUUAGCAGUUUUGGAAGGCUGCGAGGCUGGCAGAGAUCCUAGAGGUGUAAUAUUACAAGGGGAAAACCUAAUUGGAACUUUAUUACAUAGCUGCUUCACCCUAACAUAUUGUGUAUGUCAGUAUAUGCAACUUAGUUCACAGCAGUCAACCAUAUAUAUUAUUAUAUGUUGAUGCUAAAGAAAAUGUGAUAAUGCCUUGGCUGUAUAUUUUGGAAAUCACAUUUCUUCUCUUCCAUGCUUUGCUUCUAGAAAGGCUUGUUAUAGGGGAGGUUAUUCUCAUUUACUGAAUUAUUUUGCUCUUGCUUAUUACAUGUGUUAUUUGCCCAAGGCAAAAGAUCAUAUUUUCAAGAUUGGUAGUAAGUUGCACUUUUGCAGUAAAAUUGUAAUUGCUGUACUUGGAGAAGCUGCACUUGGCCCUCUUUCCAAUUAAUUGCUCAUAUUCCCAACUGAAUGCUCAUGUUUCAAAAUACAGGAUGGAGGGAGAUGAAGUGUGCAGUUUUAUAACAAAUCUUCAGAACCUGUAUUGCAUAAUACAGUACUCAAAUACAGUGGUACCUCGGGUUAAGUACAUAAUUCGUUCUGGAGGUCCGUUCUUAACCUGAAACUGUUCUUAACUUGGAGCCCCACUUUAGCUAAUGGGGCCUCCCGCUGCUGCCGCGCUGCCGGAGCACAAUUUCUGUUCUCAUCCUGAAGCAAAGUUCUUAACCCGAGGUACUAUUUCUGGGUUAGCUGAGUCUGUAACCUGAAGCGUAUGUAACCUGAAGCGUAUGUAACCCGAGGUACCACUGUAUGUUGAAUCAGUUACAGCUCUCAUCGGCUAUAGCCAGUGUGACUAGUGGUCAUGGAUGAAGAGGGUUGUAGUUAAAAGCAUCUGGAGGGAACCAGGUUGGUUUAGGGCUGAUUUAAUGGAUGAUUAUAACCAUUCACAGUUCUAGCCCCAAAUUUGUGAAUUCUUUUCUUAAUAGAACAUAACACUACUCUAUGCAUGUCUGUAUUAUAUUUAAUUUUUAGGAAAAAGACGUGCUCAAGGCAGUGGAAUGACACGGAAUUGCUUUUCAAUUGGGGAUUUAAAAAUGCUCAGCUAGCAGUAUGUUCACUUUAAGAUGGAAUCUUUCAAAAUAGUACUUUACUCUGUCUUACUGGAAUUAUAGCCACAUUUUAGGGUUUUUUUUUAAUAAAACAAAAACCUGAUGAAGAACGCUGGUGAAUUUUGAAGGUGAAGAUGUUUAAAACUGGUAUGGAAAAAUCUUGAAAGUGUGAUUGUGUUGGAACCGUCCAGAAUUCAUGGCAUAAGAAUACUUGUCAAUUCUUAAUGGAGACAACAUGACAAACUUUCGGAGGAGAAAAAUGUCUAAGUAGUAAUUUGUAGCUAUGGUGACAAAUGUCUUGCUGCAAGUCAGCCAGAUAUAUAAAAUUACUUGUAAAUUAGAACUUUAUAUCAGCUUUUUCCUUGAAAAAUCAGUGACAGGGAUAAGAGAAUCUGUAAAGUGUACUUUUCAAGUAAAGAAAACUGUGUACUUGACAAGAAGGAAAAAAGAUGCUACAUACUGUUGUUAUGACUGGUAUAUUUCAAGUUCUAAGGUUAUGUACUGAACGAUUGCUGGAAAAUACACUAACAAUUUUUUUCUAUGCCCGUCCCAAUUUAGCACUUUUAAAUGACGUAAUCAGCAAAGUAAAUCAGUUGACAUGAGAUAUUAAUAACUCUUGAUAAUUUGUUUGGCUUGUGUGUGUGGAUGACAGAGGAUGCAAAUUGGUGAUGGGAGCAGGGCAGUAGAGGAUUGCUAUAGACACUUCCUGUCCUAUUGUGUGUUGGAAUCAAAUCAACCCACAGCAGAAGGAGAGACAGAACUGUAGUCCUGGCCCUCUCCAUCAGCUCAGCUGAGAUCAGCAGUUUUGACUCCGGUACUCUGAACUCCUUGCAUUCCAGCUGGUCAUGAUCAUAACUCUGUAACUAAGAACUAGUCUGUGUGUUUGCUUUUUCAUUUCCCCUCUCAAUCUCUUUUCCUUUUGUGUUAUGUCUUUUAUGCUGUAAGUUUGGGAAUAGGGAUUGUCUUAUCAUUGACAUUAGUAAGCUGCUCUUGGAUAGUUCUUCUCAGUCAGUCCAGAUAUUUCCCCUGUAAUCAUUUCAGGAGUGGAGGUCAGCUGAGCUUUCUCCACCCUUGCGCUGGUCAUCAGGGGUUUGAGUUGAGUCCAAGGAAAAAGGUGAAUGCAAGAAGAGCCCUGCUGGCAGACCCAUCUUGUCCAGCAUCCUGUUCUCACAGUGACUAGCCAGAUGCCUGUGCGAAGUCUACAAGCAGGCCCUGAGCGUAACAGCACCCGCCAGCUGAGGUUACCAGCAAGUUGUAGUCAGAGACAUACUGCCUCAGAUACUAGAUAGCCUUAUCCUUCAUAAAUUUGUGUCAGCUCCUUUUAAAGCCAUCCAAAUUGAUGGCCAUCAUGUGUGUUAAAGUUUUUUCAGGUAGGUAGUUGUGUUGGUCUGACGCAGUUGAAAUAAAUAAAAAAAUUGUCCAGUAGCACCUUAGAGACCAACUAAGUUUGUUCUGGGUAUAAGCUUUCGUGUACAUGCACACUUCUUCAGAUACAGAAGUGUGCAUGCACAUGAAAGCUUAAACCCAGAACAAACUUAGUUGGUCUCUAAGGUGCAACUGGACAAUUUUUUUGUAAAGUUAUUUUUCUUUGUCCUGAAUCACUCAGCAUUCAGCUUCAUUAAAUGGCCCUUGCUUUUAGUAUUAUGAGAAAGGGUGAAACACUUCUCUAUAUCCAUUUUCUCCAUACCUUGCAUACUUUUAUACACCUCUAUCAUGUCCCCCAUAGUGGGAGAGGUUUGCCAAAGCCUCUGUUCACACAAGAAGAAAGGGGAGGGGGAUUUAAGAGUUCCUUGUGUCGUGAGUUGCAUGGAAGUGACUAGUGGCCAAAAGCAACACAGCCUUUCAGUUCUUACUUAAUUCAAAAGAUGGUCUCUCUUAAAAAUUAGCUGCUGAUCAAAGCAUUGCACCAAUUGUUUUCCUCUCUCACAUCUAUUUUGAUGUUUACAAUCCGCAUCACUAAUUUGCAAGCUUGUCACUCUGCAUUCCUUACUGCUAAAUCAAGAAGUUGUUUAGCAACUGGCUGGCCUUACUUAAGAUGAAAUUAUUUGCUUGUAACAGAUGUGGAAACAAAUGGUCAUGAUUGAAUGUGGGUGUACACAGGCAAAUAACAGUAAAUCUAAUUACCAUUUUUACACAUUAGCUUGCUCACCCCAGGCCAUGAUUCCAUACACAUUUCCAUCUUGGUAGCAUUUCUUGUUUUUGUUUUUUGGGUUUUUUUUUGUUUUGUUAAAAGUGAAGGCUGCUUCUAGUCAUAGUUUCAUUCCUUAUUAAGAUUGGCUUCUGAAGCUUUUUUUAAAAAACACGCCCUGUUCUGUAUGUGUUGCAUAAUGUGGUGCCCUGGUUUGUGGGAACAUUUCUCUGAGAUCUGUUUUCUUUAUUUUUUCUUUAAGUAUCUUACAUUGCAUUUAUGAUUUCAUUGCUGUUGAAUAUGGUUCUGAUGAAUUAUAAUGUGUUUCUAGCUCCUCUUCUCCCUGUGCUAAGCAGCUGUUGAGAUUCCUGAAUGCUAAAUGAGUGGUAAUCACAUGAAUGCUACUUUUGUUGUUCAUUUUUUAUAGCAGUUACUUUUUAAGAGAAGUUGUACAAGGGAAGUGAUGAAUGAAUUAAUAUAUCAAGAAGGUUUAAAAAUAUAAUCUUUGUGACUUGUGACUAGGCCCGCACUAUCAGUCUAAUAUUAUAGAUGGAGGCAGGGAGAGUACAAGACUGCUAAGACAAUAGUGGGUUCCUUAAUUAAUGCCACAAAGUGGGUUUCUGGUGAAGGUAAGAUUUGAAUAGGACAGUGGGGAGGGAAGGAAGAUCUCAACAUAUUCUUAAACUACUACAGCUCUUCAAGUGUUUAAAUAAGGAAUCCAAGCAUUAGGUAUAGUUUAUGCCAAGUUUCUAAAUAAUUAUAAGAGUUAUAUUAGGAAGGAAGGGGAAAACAGAAAAUGUGUAUCAGGAUCUUGUGUGUGUAUUGUUUUUUAAAAAGCAUGUCAAAAAUUUGGGAACAGAGUUACCGGUUCUAUGAGAAAAGAAAAGGGCAGAGUUGUGAAAUGGUAGAUAAGUGGAACUUAAAAAGGUUCAGAUAAGAGACAAUUGAGCAAUGAAUUAAGAUAAAUAAGAGUGAGGACGAGCACUAAGAAAAAUGUUUAGGAAAAAAAUAUUCUGAAUUCUAACUGAAGCUGCUGAAUAGAGGGAAGGAAACGUAAAAGAGGAAAGAGGUGAAACAUAGUAAAAGACAAAAGCAUAGACGUAAAGGUAAAGGACCCCUGGACGGUUAAGUCCAGUCAAAGGCUGCUAUGGGGUGUGUUGCUCAUCAUGUUUCAGGUCGAGGGAGCCGGUGUUUGUCCACAGACAGCUUUCGCAGUCAUGUGGUCAGCAUGACUAAACUGCUUCUGGUGCAACUUGACCAUGAUGGAAACGCGUGUACCUUCUCGCUGCAGCAGUACCUAUUUAUCGACUUGCACUGGUAUGCUUUCGAACUGCUAGGUUGGCAGAAGCUGGAACAGAGCAACGGGAGCUCACCACCAUUGUGUGGAUUCAAACAGUUGACCUUCUAAUUGGCAAGCCUAAGAGGCAUAGUGGUUUAGAUCACAGCGCCACCCGCGUCAUUCAAUAGAGACAGACACUUAAAAUGCAAUCCUGCCCCUUUCUACCCAGAAGUCCCACUAUGUUUAAAAAAGACUUACUCCGAGGACUUCAGGUAAAGGACUGCAGCCUAAAUGUGGAGAACAGAAGACCAUUAAAUUCAAUGUUAGUUUCUAGUUGGGUAUUUUCCAAAGAUAUUAUAAACUGAUGUUCAGGUAGACAAGAAUAUUCUGUGUUGCUGAUUAACUUUAAGCAUGUUAAGCCUUUAAAAAACAGUGGACUGCCAGGUCACAUUGCAAAAUACAAGCCAUGUUGUAAUAAGUCUGCUAUGCACUCAAAAAACAUCUACUAUGUGUCUGCUGCUAACUUAUUGAAUGAGGGCAGUUUAACGAGCAGAAAAUCAGAUUCUAAUGAGCCAUUGGAUGAGUUUGAUUGAGCAAAUAUGCAGCCUAAUUCAGAUAUGAUGCCUCAAGGCCCUUACUGAUUAAUGGAAAGAGGAAUUACCAAAGGCCUCUGUCUACACAUGUAGCAGAAUAUGGUGAUAGGAUGGACUGCACUACUUCACUCUUUGGGGAGGGAGAAUUCUGUCUUUGAAAGCUCUCCUAAAGUUAAAACUCGUGAAAAUUUUGUAUCAUAUGUAUUUGCAGGAAUUUGUUUAUUUUGUAGUAUGGGGAAGCUUUAAAUGUAGCAUUCUCACUACUGUACUCAGAAGUUAUACAGUCACCUUGCCCUAUAACAUUCUUUCACAUGUAGAGAUGCGGUAUAAUUGAAGACUGAUAAUACGCUACUAUGCCUGUACACUAUAUGAAGAAGGUAGUAGAACUGGCUGAGAAAAUAGAAGGCUGGUUGUAUUUUGGAGUGAGAAAUCAUAAUAAAACACUGAGAUAAAAUGUAUGUGGUAGAAAAACAAGGAUUUUAACUCUGCUUCCUUUUUAUUUUGAGUCUCAUAAUACAAGUUUAUUGCCUAAAAGCACCAGUUUAUGCAAUCAUUAUAUGAUGAUUUUUAUUUAUUUUGCCACAUAGAGAUGUUCUUUAACAGGGUCAUCUUUGCAGUUUCUUCAUUAUUAUUUUUAAAGAGAAAACACAGGUUUUCAGAGAUUAUCUCUUUAAUGGAUCUCUUCAGUGCUGCUAGAGAUCUAAAAUGUUCUGCUUCAAGUACAGUGAUUUCAGGGGUCCAACUUUUUGUGGCCUGCCAGGCUUUCUUCAAGGUAUUCAACAGCCUGGAAAAUUAUAUUUAUAUUAAAUUAUAUUAUAUUUGUGUUCCUUGUUCCAGGUGUCACAAGAUCUUCGUAUCUUCAAGAUCCACAACUUAGUCACUUGCCCCUUAGGGUAGGGUAGGGAAGUUUAUACUACCUCUUUCCUCACUGGAAUGUUAAGCUCUAGUGAUAUGGGUGUGUCAUUAUAAAACAGAACUAGAAGCCUGUUCCUUUACCAGCACUAGAAUAAUAUUCUCUUGGGUAGAAUUAGCGUGCUUAUUUUAGAAUGAAAGUCUGUUUUCAAUAUUUCAUUCUUUUCAGUAUAGGUUAUUCAACUUUUAGCUUUCAUUUGCUGGAAACUAAUAAAAGUGAGACAUACUAUAGGUCAGCUGGAAUGGAAGGAUGAAUAAUUGUGUUGAAAGUAGAAAACAUCUGUGCAUCUCCUGAAGUACAUUGAAUUAGUUCUGUGUCUGAUUUAAAGGUACAGAUGCAUGACCUUUGUGGGUUGAAAACAAAUACCAAAAUUCUACACAAUGGAAACUCAGAUUUUGUGCCAAGAAAAGCUGGGGUUUUUUUGACACACAAUUCACUGAGAAAGCAAUACUUGAGAUAAAUCUUAGGGAGAGGUCUGAUCCCACUGGGUCUUACCCACUGGGUGGACAAGUUAAAUACAGUUUGCAACUGUGAAGACUACAGAUUUUCUAUCUGCAGUAACUAAUGAGUGAAGAAAAUUCUUAAGAGCAAGUUCAGUAUCUUGCCAGGGAGAUUAAGAAAUUUAAGUCAUUUUAUUCAUUUGUUCAUUUAGGUUUAUUCAGAUUUGCAGGAAUUCAUUUAUUUCAUCUCAUUUUUUUCUGUUUUCAAUAUUUCAUUUGACUAUUUGUUUUAAACUAUUUGUUCUGCUCUGCCAAAGAAAUGCAGCAUUUUGAGUUAGUUUAUGUUGUAGUUUAUUCGGGCUGGAGUUACCUUCUGUUAGUGUUACAUUCAUUCUGUUAAUCUUUUACUUUGUGAUGGUCUGAUGACUAGAUAUAAAUAAACCAAUUCUGACGUGCACACAUUAUGCAGAUUAAACUAAUUUGCAUAUGUUUGCUGUUGGUGGUGGUGUUGCUUUGCUGAAUGUGAAGUGGCUAAUCACCUGAAGCUCUGCCUCACACACUUGCCAACAUAGCCCAAGGUCUGAACUUCUCCUAAGGUGGAACUACCAGUGGUGACAGCAAAUAUACAUUGCCAGACCUCACUUGGCCUGCCAACACAGAGUGUUUGUGUGUGCUUUCAGCAGAGAGGAGGAACAUCCAGCCCAUAGACCAAUUGCUGCUCUCAGGGCUUCCCAAUCUUGUCCUCCAGACUCUUCCCCAUCCACCUUUUCCCUGCUGUUGGGCUGUUACCUAUGGUUAGUUGAACAACGUUCAGAGAGCCUGGCCCAUCAGAUAUUGUAGCUCAGCAUUGGGGAAGAGGAAACAUGGUUGAGUAUGCACAUUAUGCAGUAUGAAAACAACAACCCUUUCUGACCUCAUGGAGCUGUUGAGAGAGAAGGAGAUCACUCUCUUCCUCCACGAGCAGUUUGUUGUGAGAAAGGGAACCCUUUUCCAUCAAGCAGCAUGGAAGCCAAGAGAGCUGAAUAUAAUGUGUGCGCGCGCACAUACUGGUUCUGUCCACUUUGUGUUUCGGCACUGCCUACUAUUGGUCCCUGCUCCUGCCCACCUAGCAGUUCGAAAGCACGUCAAAGUGCAAGUAGAUAAAUAGGUACUGCUUUGGCGGGAAGGUAAACGGCAUUUCUGUGCGCUGCUCUGGUGCGCCAGAAGCAGCUUAGUCAUGCUGGCCACAUGACCCGGAAGCUGCACGCCAGCUCCCUCGGCCAGUAAAGCGAGAUGAGCGGCGGCAGCCCCAGAGUCGCUUUACCCCAGAGUCAGGGGUCCCUUUACCUUUACCUUUUUUAUUAUUGGUAUGUUGCUUACACCAAGGGAAGGUGGCCUUGGUGCAGGGCAAGUUUCCCUUCCAUUGGCUUACAGGUUUCAAGCAGAUCAGGGCAUAAAGUUAGGGCAGUGUUCCUCAAACUUGGGUCCUUAGCUGAUGUUGGACUACAACUCCCAGUAUCCCUAGCUAGAAGGACCAGCGGUCAGGGAUGAUGGAAGUUGUAGUCCAACAACACUGAGUUAGGGUGGGAUAUCUUUAUGUAGAAGCCUGCUGAGACUGAGAAUAUGUUUUUGCACUUUUUAUGUUUUGUGGUUGUAACUAUUUUAUUUGUUUUAUAUGCACAUAUUUUAUUGUUGUAACCAGCUCUGAGACCUUGUAGUACAGGGCGGGUAAGAAAUCUAAUACUGUAAAUAAAUAAACAACUUCAUCAAACAUGUUUCAAGCCACAUUUAAAUAGCGGAAAGGUGGGAUAAAAAUACAUUAGUUUUAAAAAAAUCCUAAAUAAUGAAACUUUCUGUACAUCCGAAAUUGAGGAGAAAGCUAGACUAGAAUAGUUCACACUGAUGUGCAUAUGGAGGGGCAUUUAGCCCUGUGAUUCCUCUGCCUGCAAUCGAAGUGUUUCAGUUCAGGAACAGUUACCACCUCAUUUGUUUGUGGGAACUAGGCCAAAGUCAGGCAGAAUGUGAACAAUUUUAUGAUCAAAGUAUUUAACAAAUAUAUUACAGUGUACUGUCCACCUGUGACAGUUCUGCUGAGUGACACUACUGGUACAUCAGGGUGAAAAAUAAAGCUAUUCAUUGCCAUUACUUCCACAUCACAGGACUCUAUGGGUUAUUUAGUCAGAUUCCACUAGGAUUUUCUGCCACUUGUAUUCAAGAUUUCAGCAAUCUGGUAAACCAAGGAACCUGGUGUUUCCAAAUCAGACGCUAAGAAAUCACUAUUCCACAAUUAGCUUUCGUUCAUGCGUUUGUUCAUUUUUUCCUUUUUUGGUAAAAAUAUUUAUUCUUCUCUUACGCCCCAUAAACACUGGUAGGCUUAUGUUCAGAGUACUUGCAUUUGAGUAGACUGAGUAGAAGAUUAAGACACAAGAGAGGAGCUCAACUAAAACAAUGGAUGUUUGGCAACAGUUGAAUGAAGCUAUGGUAUAGGCUUGAUGUAAAGUGAUGGAACCUAUCUAUAUCACUGUUGUUAUUGUUUUAAAGAAAACUAGCUGCGUUUGUGUUAGAAAUAAGGCUGCUGGUCACUGGUGUAGUGUAAUCUAGGAAGAAAUUGUAAGCAAACUCUACAAACUGUUCUGUUGAGGUAUUUUAUUCUUUCCUAAUGAAAGGAAGUAAAUUUAAUUUGCUUGAUGUUUCAAUUUCCUGUUGGUUCAUUUGAUACGGCUGCUGUGUAUAUGCUUGUCUGAUAGGUAUUUCCUGUCCUGUGUGUGAUGACAUGACUAAUUUAUUGCCAUGGGGCGAGAUCUAGUUAUGGAAGUGUGUGUUGGGAACAAAAACACUGAACGUGAAGAGAGUAUGUCAAAGGAGAAGGGUCAGGAGUGGCACUUGAGCAAGUUUUUGUAAUGGUCAUGUGCCAACCUACUCUAAUGCUUGAAAAACUCCUAGAAAAAUAAUUGUAUCGCACACGCAAAAAAGUUUAAAUCUUUUAGAAAUCUAAACCAGUAAUCUCUUAAAAAUAACUGUAUCUGAUUGUUGUGCUGACGUAGGAGAGUAGCUGUGAUUCUCAAUUAUGCAUUCCUAAACACCAUUUAUUUAUAUUUAGGAUAUUUAAAUGUAUGUAAAUAUGUCCAUUAUUGCAGCUCAUACCUUUUUAACAGGCAGUUAAAUAAGAAGUUAUUUGUUUCACUUGGAUGAUGCAGCACUUUAUGUCAGGUGCAGGGAAUCUUUGGCAUGCCGGAUGUUGCUGAACUACAACUACCAUCAUGGGAUGGGAGUUGUAGUUCAGGAACAUCUGGGAGACCAAAGGCUCCCCACCUCGGCUUUUUGUUAUUCAUUGUUAUGUUUCUUUUAAAAAUAUAUUCUUGUAUUCUCAAUCCGCUACUGUUUGGGGUAUGUAAAAGAUUCUCAAAGCGUACUGAAAAGCAUUCACUCACCUAGCAACCAGUGUAUGUAAAUAUAUUUUGGUGUGAAAACAUUAUUUUAUGUGCUAUCUGGAGAAUCCCCAUAACCUUUACAAUUGAUGCUUCUGGAGAGAAAGGAAGGAACUUGUGUUAAUAGGUUACUUGGAAACUAAGCAACUAAAGCCACUUCCCCUUGACCUCCAUGAAGCCAUCACUUUUUAUUUUCUUCCUUUUCACUAUUUGCCCUAACUUUAUCUUACCACACUAUGACACCAUGUAUAAUGCUAGUAUCAUCUAAAACACUGUCUUAGUCUUCUCAGCCCCAUCCAGAACUCUGCUGCCAGCUCAUACUCUCUCUCUCAUCUCUCAGUCCAUACAAUGCGCUUCCUUAAAUAUCUGCAUUGGUUUCCCAUACUAUUUGCAUCUAUUCCCCACAGCCUUCCCCAAACUAUCUUUUCAUGUUUAUUUAUUGAUAUAUCCCUACAUUCCUCCAACUCUACCACUCACAGUCACCCAAGGGUCUUCUGCCCUCUGAAAUGAUUACAUAUCCCUUUUUUGCCCUUGAACCAGGACUCUCCACCCAGUACUGUUACAUAUUGCUAUCUCUUUCAAAGCCCACCUUACCCAUUAAGCAUUUGGCUUUAAUGGUUUAGUUGUCACCCCCAGUUACAACAAAGCUGUCAUCCCCAGUUAUAUGUAACUGUGCUUGCUCACCUUCAUCCCAUAUUAUGCUUGCCUUGUACAUUCUUCCUUUCAUUCCUUGCCUCUCCCCCCCCCCCUUUUGUUUUUCUACAACUCUCAAAAUUAGACUCUAAACUCUUUGAGGAAGCAACUCUUUACAUUUGGUUUGCUCUGAAAGCAUUCAUGGUGCUGUAGAAGUAGUAGUAACAACAACAACAACAACAACAAUAUACAGUAUGUGAUAACAGGAAUUAUUGUUAUUAUCAUUACUUCUUAAUGUGUAGUGGGAUAAUUAUGCAUAUGCUAUUUUUAUUUACCCAUUUGUGGACUGACAAUCAUUUUAAACUUGGACUUGCCUUUAGUCUUUAAUGUAACAUUUUUCUUGCAGGUGACUUAAAUUUAUCUGUUUUUCUUACAGUUCUAUCUUCAAGACACUAAGAGUAGCAAUGGUACCUUUAUAAAUAGUCAGAGAUUGAGCAGAGGAUCUGAGGAAAGCCCACCAUGUGAAAUUCUGUCUGGUGAUAUCAUUCAAUUUGGCGUAGAUGUGACGGAGAACACGCGGAAAGGUAAGGGUACGGAUCACUUUCUUUCCUCUGUUUUUAAGUUGAGAAUCUCAAGUAUGUUCUAUCCAUAAGCAAGCUUUAAAGAAAAACAAAGUACUUAGUUUAGAUUUGGUAUUUUACAGUAUCUUCUUAAAAGCAUCUCUUCAUGCAUCCAGGCAGAUAUACCAUCCUGAUUGGUAUUAUGGUGCUGGUGGAUAUGCUUUUAACCCUUCCAGCUUUUGUCAGAACCAUUUGUGCUGCUGUCCCAGUCAAGACUGCACCUCCCUUAUGAGUGCUGAUUAGAAGAACAACAUACACAAAUGCAAAUACACAUUUAAGAAACCAUGUAGUGUGGCAGCGCCUUUACAGACCUAUGGUAUAUUAUUAGUUAGCCCUAAUAGUUUUACUGAAGGGGAGCACAGAGGUCCUUUAAAUAAAAGAAAACUGGUGGACCUGCAUAAUUUUCACAUUUUAUAAAAUGUGAUUUAAGGGAAGCAGUCUAUCGGGAAACUUGAUAUGAUUCCCAAUUGUUUUAAAAUGAAACCUGUAGCUUUUUCAUCAGGAUGACUGGCUCUUCAUGGACAUCUGAACAUGUUUUAAUCUCAACACUUCUUUUUGUACAUUAGGUGUUGUAUUUGAUGAUAUUUAUCUCUAAAUACCCAUCUUGUUUGUUUUUCUUAUGUUAGUGCAUUGCAUGAGAGGGAGAAGUAGAAUUCCGUGCCAUAGAACUACUAUGUGAUACUUUAUUUACUAUUAUUUAUUUCCUGCCCCUUCUCCAAGAUCAACAUUUCAAUGCAGGCUUCCAGCAGCCACAAGAAAUUAGGAUGGGAGAAUAUGAUUUGUCCAAGACCACCCAGCAUGCUUCAUAGCUGAGCCCAGCACUCUAUAGCACAUUGGCAAAAAGCUCACUAUUUAACACUUGUUUGUUUGUUUUUAAACUGGCUAGUCUGGAACAUACAGUGUAUGCUUUUCUUUUAGCUGGGUUAGAUGUAUUUCAAAAUGUAUUUACACAUGAAAGUAGUGACCACCAUUUGAACAAAUUUGGCAGGUAAUUCUCUUUUCAGCAUUUAAAUUCAAAUCAAUAUAUCACUUAGGAUAAAAACUACCUUUUCUAUUUAGCUUCCUUUUACCACGAUGCAUGAAGCCAGUGUGCUUAUGCAAAAACUUGUUGUGCACAAGGAAUUUACCUACAUUUCAGUGGCAUCUCCUCACAUCUUAUGGAUUGAUGCUCUAAAGAGGUUUCUAUGACAUUUGAGCUUGAGUCAGGAGGGCUGCUUUUGGAAGAGGAACCAAAAAACUAUAAGUGUGUAAAAUACUGUUCCUGGUGCUUCGGAUCUCUUUUACCUGAGGUGGAAAUGCUCUUCUCAAGCACAUAUUAUCAUGUAUCUCUGACUAUGGUUUUUACAGACUCCUCUAAUUGUUGCAAAGUAUUCUUUUUGUUCCCCAAAUUAAUUCAUCAACAUGCCUGAAAUAGUAUAGGGUUUCUUAGUCUUACUCUUUGUGAUCUAAGGUUGGUCUUGCACACUUAGGCAACUGAUCUAAUUUUCAUGUACUUGUUUUUGCAUAACUUUUGAAAACUUGUGGUUUUCAAGCUUGUGGUUUUUUGUGAUCCUCAAGAGUUGUCUGAAAUGUUGCCCAGUCUUAAACAGUUUUCUGGUGUCUGCUGUCUGAACAAUUCAGAAUUGGAUUGACAUCACAGAGUGGCAUGGGCCUUAAGUCUGUCUGAGCUUUUUGAUACCAACACCCAAUCAUCCUCUGUUUAACUUUGCUUGUACACUUGACUGUUUUAUUCUUUGUCAGACAGAAUUACUUCAGUGUUAUUGAAUGUUUCGUUGUUUCCACUUUUCAGUGACUAAUUUUAUUGAAUACUUACUUAGAACUUACAAUGUUAAUGUUCUUUCCAGUCACCCAUGGAUGCAUUGUCUCAACAAUAAAACUAUUUCUCCCAGAUGGUAUGGAAGCUAGGCUACGGUCAGAGUAAGUGUAACUUUGCAGUUGUUCUAAUAUCAAACAUGUUUCAGAUGGUUAAGAAUUUCUACAUACCAGGACUAAAACUGCUGUCUAAUACAAUGACCUUAAUAUUGCAGAGCUAGGGACAUCACCACCCGUUUUGGUAUAAGACCCUAAGUGCUCAUCUGUUUCGAGACAUCCGAUUUAUUUAUUUAUUAUUUAUUUCACAAGAUUUAUAUACUGCUUGUUUGUAAUAAAGCCUCAAAGUGGCUUACAUAAAGAAAGAACAAUAAAAUUACCAGUAAAAAAAAAAGUUUAAAAAAAUCGGGAAAAUAACUAUAUGAAUCCCUGUGGACCCAUGUGUGUGGGUGAACAACAAAAGAAUCGUCUGGGUGCCUAUAUUCAAAAAGUGGGGCUAGUAUACAGAGAACCCCAGUAGCAGAGUAUUAAACUCAUAAAAAUAAGCGGCACAUUAAUGUUAGGAAUAUAGGAUGUUAGACCUUUUUAACCCAUUCAGCUGCACACAGCAACUGGCCUCUUUCUACCCCCCUUGCAAUGAGCAGACCACGUGCCGUUAAGUUUAAAAUGCUUUACUUACAGAUUCAAAGUCUCAGUCAUGCCUUAUUCCAUGCAGCAACAAAGAUAAUACAGGCAAAAACACAUUUGCGUAGAAAAUGCAGAAUAUGCUGUAAGCUUGGGAGCAAGCUUACACACAUCCUCCUUAGUUGGUCACACAGUGCAGCAAGAAGGGGGAAGGAGGAAAGCAGCUUCACUUCUGCUCUGGGGGCGAGGGGGCAUGACCUAACUGAGUCUAUUUAGCAAUGCAGCUCUGGUCCUUUACUCAGUCAUGCACUAACUAGCACUCAUGCAUAGUUAUGUUUGACUGUAAUCUCCGACAAAAACAACUAUUUAAAACUUUCAAAAAAUAAUUAACACCAAUGAUAAGCUAAAAACCAGAUUAAAACACAUGCCAGCCUUCUACAUGUCCAGAUAGGCUUGCCUAAACAAAAUGUUUUUUAGCAGGUGCCGAAAAGAGUACCUGCCUGAUGUCCAUAGGCAGGGAGUUCCAAAGUGUGGGUGCUGCCACGCUAAAAGUUCAUUAGCUUAAAAAUGAGGGAAGUGUCUUAUGUGGCACCUGUAACAAUGCCAGUUCUGCAGAUCGAAGUGGUUGAGUUGCUGGAUGUGGCGUAAGGCGAUCUCUCAAUUAAACUGGUCUCAUGCUGUUAAGGGCCUUAUAUACUGAUAGUAAAGUGACACGCUGGCCUUGGCCCAGCAACAAAUCAGCAGCCAGGGCAGGUCUGAGCAGAGGUGUUAUAUGCUGACAGGAUCCGACUGCUGUCAGCAACUGUGCCUCAGCAUUCUGCACUGCAUGCCGUUUCCAGGCCAAGUGCAAGGGAACCCCACACAGAGUGCAUUUCAAUAAUUCAGUCUGAAAGUAACCGAUGCAUGAAUUACUGUGGCUGGGCUUUCCUGAUCCAGGAGUGGUCCUAGCUGCCAUACUAGUCUCAGGUGGCAAAAGACACUUCUAGCCACUAAGGCUACCAAAGCCUCCAGCGACAAAGCUGGAUCCAGAAGCACCCACAGGUUGCAAAUCUGCUCCUUCAGGGACAAUGAAACCCUAUUCAGGGUACAGAAGGAUAAUAAUAUUUUAAACGGUGAUGUUUUUCUUCUACAGUGUCAUCCAUGCUCCCUUACCAAGUCCUGUUGAUAAGGUAAGUCUUAGAACAUUUCUUUACUUCUGACACAUAGACGUGAAAACAACACUUUUAAAAAGAGCCAAGUGCUUUGAAAGACAUAUGAAGUGAAUAUUGAUUCCUGAGUACAUCUCCUCACCACCACCACCCCAAUAACUUACAAACUGUUUGAAAGUGUGGGCGUCCUGCUUUGAGGAUGCCAGUCAAAAAGUGGGAUGCAGCAAAUUGUUUUGAAGAAAGCGUUGAGACAGAAAUGUGCCUGAGGACUGCACGCAUUCCAUUUUUUAUAUAAGCACAAAUUUAUGCCAUCUCAAAUUGCUUUUUAAUUUUUGUUAUGAUAGUGAAAAAUGUUACCUUUUAAGCCUUAAAAGCAAUAUAAGAUAAAUUCAACACAGCAAAACUUAUGAGGGACAUGUGUACAGACUUAGGAGGACACAUACAGAUCAGCAGUCUUAAAUUGUUCUAGAUAAUAAUAAUAAUAAUAAUAAUAAUAAUAUAUUUAUAUCCCACCCUCCCCAGCCAAAGCUGGGCUCAGAGUGGCUAACAACAGUAAAAAUAGCACAGUUUACAUGAAAUCACAAUUAAUUGAAAUACAUUCUAAAAUCAUCAGUACAAAUCAAUACAUUCUAAAACCCAUCUUUCGAUAAUUCCCGGCCCCUUGAAUUGCUUUUUGAAAAAUAAAUCUUGUUUGUUUGUUUGUUUGUUUGUACCCCACCCAUCUGAUUGGAUUGCCCCAGCCACUCUGGGCAGCUAAAUGAGUCUUGUUAUUCUUUAUUAAAUUUCCGUACCACCCUUCAUCCAAGGAUAGCAGGGCAGUUUACAAUAUAAAAACAAAAAAUACAUAACAUAGUAACGAACAAAACCAAGAAUAUAUUUUUAAAAGUUAAUAUGUGAUUGUAGGAAUUUGUGUACGGCAUUUGUGUAGCUACAUUUACAAUGUACAAGAAGCCUGCACCUGCUUUGUUUCUCCCUUCUUAUGCUGAGGCAAAACAGACAUUCUGAACCAAAAAUCAUGGUUUGCUUUACUCCAAACAAACCAUAGUGAUAAGCCAAAGUUGUUUUUUGGCUAUCCAGUUAGGGCUUGAAAGCUUUUUUUAACAUAAGAUUUCUCAGACAACCCAAAUAUAAAAGUCAGAGGUAGGAGGUUUAAUACCAUGAGUUUUUUAUGUUUAGCCUCCAAUACUGUGCUACAGUUGUAUACAGUCCUAAAGGGUGCAGUACCCAACAAUUUAAUUAUAGAUAUCCUUAAUUAACUAAUCUUGUUGUAAAUAUAGAUUAAAGACCAGUGCUGACUGAAAAGCUGGCUUGUGCUUUACAGGUACAUACAUGUAUUCUUUUACAAUUGGCUGGGUGCAUACGGUUUCUUGCACAAUGGACAUUCCAGUACCAUGACUAAUAUCAUAUUAAUAUGCUCUAUCAAGUUGCUAAGCAAUUUACUAGCUUAAUUUCUUCAACAUAAGAAAGGUAACAGAAAUCUAGAGAAAUAAGACAAAUAUACAUAAAACCAGCAUGUCAAAAAAUGAAAAGAAAGAAAAUUGAAUAAAACAUCUUUAAAAAAUGGGCAACUUAAUUAGGCUUGGGUAGGCUUGCUGAAAUAUAUAUUUAAAAAAACCCAGCAGAUUGCUUCAUACUAACUGUUCUGUAUACAAAAAAUGGAAUUCUAUUUACCUUUCAAAUAGUUUAUAAUUUGAGGGUGGCCAGCAAACAAUGAUAAAAAGAAAAAAUAGGGGUAACUGUUAGCUCAAAAUAAGGAAAAUGUAAAUGUAUACAUGUGUCCUUUUUUCUUUAUUACAGUAGCUUGCAUUUAUGCUGAUAUUAAGGAAGUCCUUGCAAAAGUUUUAGAGGAUACAAGCCUUUUUUUGUUGCAGUUUUGCUAUUAACUUCAUAAAUCAAGUGAACUACUGAUGACAGGCCUUCACUUGUUUGCAUAAGUGUUUGAAUGGAUUAAGAAGAGAGUUAAACAACCAAAAUAAGAAAAGAAGGGAAUGUGUUGAUUCGUUUUAUUUUAUAUACAUUAAAAGUAUUAUGGGUUUCAGAGAAAUAUGUUCUUCAAUUUUACAGGUUGCUGCUAACACUCCCAGUAUGUACUCUCAGGAACUGUUUCAGCUUUCUCAGUAUCUACAGGUAACUUUUCUUUUGGGCAUAUGUAUAAUUCCUGUUCCUUUAUAUUGUAUAGGUUUGACUGAGUGUUCUUCUACAUAAUCAGUUAGGAGCUUCUGUGUGGCAAAUAUAUUAGGAGUAAGGCUGUGACUGGAUCAGCUAGUGACAUCAUGCAUAUAAUGGACUUUCUUGUUAUAAUGUUUGAAAUUCUAGAAAGCAGUUCCAAGUGUUUUCCCUGCCAUGCAUGCACUAUAGUCAUAAUUAGUAUCCGUAGCAUGCUAGUAUUAACCUAAUCUCAGCUCACUGUUAUGAUUAGCAUUCCUAACUUCUGUCUCCCAAGUAUGUAUGGGGAAAUGGUCUGGGGUGGGGGUUGGAGAGUAGAUGGGACAUGCAGCAUCUUUCAGUCUUGCCCCCAAACUGCUGUAGCAUCUCCCCAACCAGUCCCCCGAUAUCUGAUACCCACUUUGGCAAGAUACCCAAUGAAAUUUAAGGUAGAUUGGAACACCAAGUUGCAGGAGUGAACAUGUUUCCUGCAAGUCUCCUAAGCCCCAUUCUCAGUUGGCAUUUUCCCUUUGUAUCCUAGUAAAAUGUAUCUCUGGGAAGUUCUAGUAUACUUAACCUACAAGGAAUAAAAUUAAAUGCACUUCAGAUCUCCCAGAGGGGCUAUCUGGCAUUACCCCUUUUGUAUUCCCUUUGAUCCAUUUCUUCCUGGACUGUGGACAAGAGUUAGCCAUAUAAAUCUCUCUUUUCUCUUGGCCUACGUACACAUUACCAGCUUAAAACAUCUAGGUUUCAAUUAGGAUUGAAGCUGGCUUGGGGAAUAAUGCAUCAAAAUGCAGCAUUUCAUAAAAACAACCAGAUAGUUAUGGAUUGAGACUAAUGCAUGUACACUGCUUCCAAAACCAGUGAUGGGAAUGCAAUCAGUGCAGGGUUACACUCUGGAAGUUUCAACAGUUUUAAUAUUGACUUCUGGAAACUGCCUGUGUCAAUUUUCAAACCUCUGAUUAUAGUAGUAUUGUGUGCAAAAUUAUUAAGUGCAGCCAAUUUUGGGGGUAGUGGUAAAGGAGUUGUAUUUUGAGCUGAUUAAGGAGAAGAUAUACAGGCACCCCCCCCCUUUUACACAUGUUCAGUAUGCGCAUUACCAUGUAUAUGCACGUUGUGCUGAACAGAGAAGUGAAUUUAAAAAUUGCUAAACUUGCCUCAGAAGAGCCAAGAAAGGUCAGGAAAAGGCGCAAAAACAGCACCUAGCAAUCUCACAAGCCUUUGCAAUUGCAGUCACGAGAGCCCUUGCACCAACCGUUGAGGCCUGUAGCGAGUUGGAGUUUGAGGAAGGAGGUUGAGAGGGAACGAUUGUGGCGGAGUUUGGCAGAGUUUGGGGCGGAGUGUUCAAGCCAUUCUUUGAGGCAGCACCUAAAUGCAAGGCGCCAUCACCUUCCUUUGGUGACGACAAACUGAAGAGGCAGCGAGUGGUGCCCACGCUGGAGGAGAAAUUGCAAGUGCUGAACUGCUUCUGGGAUUGCAUGAGCGUGUGUGCUGUGGCAUGCAAGUUUGGCAAGAAUGAGCCCAGCAUACGUGCCUUUAGGAUAUGGGAGAAGAAAAUCCAGGCAGCGGAGCAGUGAGUACCUGUACACCUACAACUGCCAAGGUCCCAGCCAGGCGCGGGAUGAGGCCCUGGUGAAGGCACAUGAGGCCCUGGACCUGUGGCUAGAUGACAUGAACUGCCAGUGUAUCCUUGUCGACAGAUACACCUUGCACAAGAAGCCUCUCGGGUUGUAUUCACACUCCUGUGAAGGAGCUCCAAGCCAGCUCCAGUUGGCUGGCCUGCUUCAAAGUCGCUUCAAUUUAAAGAAUGUUGGCCCCUGUGGUGACCAAGUGUGCCCUGACCAGCUGAAGAGACAUAAGUACCAGCUGCCCAUCACCAUGUUCCUCUGCAAGACACCACCAGCCCUACCCAGUGAAUCUGACCCACAGCCGAGCUCCUUGGGGUACUGGUCUACCCCACUUGUUUUUUGAAAAUCGUCCUCUAGCAAUGAGGAAGACUGAGUGCCACCAUGACCACCAUUUCUGCCCAUCUUGUACUGGGCUGCUGGUUUUUCAAAGGAUUUUUCUAGGGUUUCCAGAGUUUUAGAGGGUGUUUGCAGGCUUUUCCAAUGGGUGCUCCUAUUAUACAUGAUUUCAUGUACUGUAUGUGCGUGUUUACUUGAAACACAACCCCUGUGUAAUUGGGGAUUGCCUGUAUUCCUAUUGACUACCAAGCCCUUUUAAAAAAGAAGGGUAAAGUAUGCCACCUAGUGGUGUUCGGUAAAGAUAACUUUGAACAUUUUGAUGAGAAAUUGGCCUUGUUCUUUCAGUUUCUUUGAAGUUCGAUAGCUGCUGAGCUGCUUUCUUUUCCUUGAAACAGAAGUAGUCCUUGAAGUGUUUUUGUCUUUAAAACUCAUACAAAGCCAACAGUGAGAUGGGCCUCAACAUCUGUAAGAGGCCAGAGCACAUUCUAUGCAUAUAUGGGAACUUGAGUUCAUCGAUGUCUCAACUCAGCCAAAAUAAUCGUAUCUAGUUAUAAACACUGAGGUACAAAAGACAGUGUGUUGAAAUCUCUCACCCUUUUAAACCAUUUAACUCUACUUUGUAAGUGCUGAUAUCUAUUGCUACUGUGUGUUACUAAUAGGAUUUUUUUUGGUUCUUAUUCAAUGCAGGAAGCCUUACAUAGGGAACAAAUGUUGGAACAGAAAUUGGCCACCUUGCAGCGAUUGCUUGCUGUCACACAAGAGGCAUCAGAUACUAGUUGGCAGGUAUUUUGUGUGAUGUUGAUUUUGGACCUUUUCAGAUGGUGCACCUACUUAUCUGUCAUAACUAUAGAUUACUGUGAACUAAUCUGAAGUGUAGUUAGCAAUGCUGUAAAGCAUGGCCAGUGGUUAGGGGCAAUGAGAGUUGGAGUCAAACAACAUCUGGAGGAUACCACUUGGCUUCCCCGGUAGUAUAGUAUUGCAUAAAACCCACGUUCUUAUUAAAUACUCACUGUGUGUUUUUACUGUAUUAGAUGCUAAUUUAUGAAUGUGCUUGAAUUUCUUUCUAACAGGCUUUGAUAGAUGAAGAUAGACUACUAUCAAGGUUAGAGGUUAUGGGAAACCAACUACAAGCAUGUUCAAAAGUAGGUAGUUUGCUUGGAUUUAGAGUUUGAGAACUUGGAGUACUUGAUAAUAUCAAAACAUGUAUUAUUUGUUUAGCAAAUAUAAGAGGGAGCCUUUCUGGAUCAGAUCAAAGGUCCACCUAGGUCAACAUCCUGUUUCUCACGGUGACCAUGCACAUGUUAACAGGAAGCCUACAAGCAGGGCAGGGAACCAUUUGCUCCACUGUUGCCACCUCCCCUCAUCACCUUUAAAUUUAGUGACAUACUUCCUUUAGACAUGGAGGUUUCAUGUAGCAAUGAUACCUAGAAGCCAGCGAUAGGGGGGGAAACGAACUCUGUGUACUCAAGGAAUUGUAUGAUUUUGGUGUUUGCUUUUAUUGGGUCUAUGACUGUAUAAUGAAAUUUGUCCUGGUUGACAUUUUAAAAGCAUUCUAAGCCAGUGGCCAUUUCCAUUCAGUGUGGCAGUACCAGGAUCAUGUUAGUUCUGAAAAAAUGUGUUUCGUCUUGCCACUCACUGUUCCUUCUGUUUUCGCGUUCAGUUUAUUGUUUUCAUGAUGAAGCUUCAUUUAAAUGUAAGCCACCUUGAGGUGCUCAUAAAACCAGAGUACAUUGGUACCUUGGUUCUCAAACUCAAUCCAUUCUAGAAGUCCGUUUUGACUUCCAAAAUGUUCACAAACUGGAACACUUACUUCUGGGUUUGUGGCGUUUGGGAGCCGAUUUGUUUGUCAACUAAGCCGUUUGGGAACCAGGGUACCACUGUAUCCAUUAUUUGGAUAAAUAUUUAAAUUAUCCAUCAUUUAAAGUAUUUAAAUAAAUAUUUAAAUUUAGUGUGCAUUUUACUCUGAUUAGAUAAGUUAUUUUAAUCUUUGUUCCUCAAAAGCAGUGUUGACUGAUUCACAUUAAAACAAUUCUAAAUCAUCAUAUAAAUUAUCAAGUCAAAUGACUGCUUUAUAUGCAGACUUUAUACUCUGCAAUCUGUGCAUGAAGUGUUAUUUUCACUGCAGCCAUGAGAGCAGGGGGAGCUUAUCUGGGAUAGUCAUUCAGUGCUUUCUUAAAAUAGCCAGAGCAGAGCAGUUUUUUAUAAUCAACGUGAGAUAGCCAAAGAUCUUGGGUGUCAACUAGUGGCUUAGCUGCGUGAGGCAGGAUUUUAUGAGCAGGCCUAUCCAGAGACUUUGUACACCUUUCUGGUCCUCAUUUGUAUCCAAGAAUUACCACAGAUGAAUGGGGAAAGAAAGAAAAAAUGCAAAGGUAUUAAGAGAGAUGUAACCAUUUCACAGAAUCCUGUAACUCCAUUGUUGCUUUCUGUGGUUUCACUGCAUGUUUUCUCAAAUUCUGCUUCACAGAUCUGGGCUGCUGCAAAUGUAGCAUUGUCAUCAUCUUAACAUUGGUUAAGAGAUUGGGCACCUGCUAUGAUAGCAUCUUCUCUUCCCCCUUCCUUCCUCGGGAGUGAAUUACCUGCUUAAUUUUGCCUUAAGAACUAAGUGAAACAUAAGCAUAGAGCUUUAGUAUGGUUAAUGUUAAUAUGAUUCUUGUUUAAUCAAGGUCUAAAAUUACAUUUUAAUGCUUGAUUUAAAUCCUGAUUAAGCUGGAGCCUUGGUUAGUGUUAUCUGCAGUUGAGCAAACAUCAGCAGACACCUUGCAGUUAAGGUCUCUGCUGAUGUUUCUUUAACCAUAGUUUACAUAUGCGUGUGUCUUUAAUACAGUGGUGCCUCGCAAGACGAAAUUAAUCCGUUCCGCAAGAGUCUUCGUCUAGCGGUUUUUUCGUCUUGCGAAGCAAGCCCAUUGACGGAUUAGCGCUAUUAGCGCUAUCAGCUGUUUAGCGGCUAUUAAAGGCUUAAAGGCUUAGGGGAUUAGCUGCUAAAAGGCUAUUAAAGGCUAUUAAAGGCUUAGCAGAUUAGAUAAAGGGGGAAAAGCGAAAAAAUCUCAAGACUCGCAAGGUAUUUUCGUCUUGCGAAGCAAGCCCAUAGGGGAAUUCGUCCUGCGAAGCAACUUCAAAACGGAAAACCCUUUCGUCUAGCGGUUUUUCCGUCUUGCGAGGCAUUCGUCUUGCGGGGCACCACUGUAUAGUCAAACCUCGGUUGUCGAACAUAAUCCAUUCCAGAAGGCCGUUCAGCUUCCGAAACAUUCGAAUCAUGGCUUCCGAUUGGUUGCAAGAGCUUCCUGCACUCAGCGGAAACUAUGUCGGGCGUUCAGCUUCCAAAAAACGUUCGAAAACCAGAGCAUUUACUUCCGGGGUUUUUGCAUUCGGGAGCCGAAUCAUUUGAAAAUGGAGCUGUUUGGGAGCCGAGGUUUGACUGUAUUUCCUGAAAAGGAAGGGAAUAUACAUUUCCAAAGUUAGCUCCUGGCUGUUAACUAUGGUUAAGGAGUCAGUGUUAUGCCUGCACCUCUCUCUUACAUCCCUGAAACAUUCCCCCUUUUCUUUUCUCUUUUUAAUGAGGAAAAAACCUUAGAAUUUUGCAUAGCACAAGCAUAGUAGCUUCAGUUUGAAAUGGUAUAUUGACAUGACUUCUCAGAAGUAAAUCUGCCUUCAAGAAUGGUAGACAAUGUAGCAUUUGAAAAAGGGUAAGAAUGUUUCAGACAUCAUGAGGGACAAGGUGGGGAACUUUUAAUGGAAUACCAAAUUUCCUAGGAUAAAACCCUAGUGAAGUCCUAAAAUGGAUGACAUAUUUUCAUAACUUAAUGUAAUACUGUUGUAAAUGGUAAUAUGAGCAUGUGGCUUUAAGAUUUCCACCAUGCUGCAUUUCUGCUUACAGAAUCAAACAGAAGAUAGUUUGCGAAAGGAGCUUAUAGCAUUACAGGAAGACAAGCAUAACUAUGAGACAACUGCCAAAGAGUCCUUGAGGCGGGUCCUUCAGGAAAAAAUUGAAGUGGUCAGAAAACUCUCUGAAGUGGAGGUAUUUAUCAUUUGCAUUUUAGCCAUGUUCCUGAAACUGGGUUUUGCCACCAUACCAUGAAAAUAAAACAUCAAUAUGUCAACAUUUUUAUUAUUAUUUGCUGUUUUUUGCUUGUCUUGAGAUUUAUUUCCUGACUCUGAGAUUUAACCCUUUUUAAAAUAGGGUUUUAUCUUGCAAAGUUAGGGAGGUAUUUUCUCCCUGCUCAAACAACUCUUCUUUGGAAUGUAUGUAUCUGACUUGUGCAUUUUUCUCAGGUAUGUGUUCAGGUUUUUGUUUUGUAUGCUCGUACUAAUGACUUGAACUGUCACUUUAAUUUUUUUUUAAAAAAUACACCAUAAAAUUGCAUAUGCCUAAAGAUCAUAAAAUGGCGGGGCUAUUUUGAUUAAAGUUGAAUUCACACUAUGCACACCUCUGUUCAAAAUUAAACUGUACUCAAACUGAUUGCCCCUUGUAUUUAGGAUUAGAAGAGUAGGAUUGAAUCCAAUGGAGACCCUGAGCUUGCACAAUGUCUUCUGCUUAUGCAACAGAUAUUCCCCGUGCAUCACCCCUAGAACAGAUUGGAGGGAAUGCCGCAGGGAUUGGGGAGUGGGCAAGGGCAGCAUGCUUAGCAAAAUAAUGUUUUGAGUAAUUUUAUUUAUUUAUUUAGAGCACUUGUACUCCACUCUUCAGCCUAAAAGACUCCCAGAGCAGCUUACAUGCAAUCAAAGCAAAUUCUAAAAAAAGCACGACACCCAAGGGGAAAGGGAUAGGGAGGGAAGAAGGAAAUGAAAAUGAAAAUGCAGGCACCAGUUUCUAAACAGUUGUUCCUAUAAUGACCAGCUGUGGAAGGAGGUUCCUGAUGGAGCUGGCUUGCCAUAGCAGAGCUGAUGUAGUGAGCUCUGCUUCCCAGCUCCCCCACUUCUGGAAUGGCUGUCCCCAGUUGAAGGAGAGGAAGCCUGAUGGGGCUGGCCUGUCUCAGCAGAGCCAUUGGAGUGAUGUCUGGCACAUUUCUCUGGGAAAUGGUUGCUAUAAUUCUCAUACAUUGCGCAGUUAUAAUAAAUCUUAAAAACAGAGUAACAUAAAAGUUUCUGGUUUCAAUAGAUUUUUGGCUUCAAUGUGCAAUUUUUCUUCUCACAGCGAAGCUUAAGCAACACCGAAGAUGAAUGUACUCACUUGAAAGAAAUGAACGAACGGACUCAGGAAGAAUUGCGGGAAUUGGCCAACAAAUACAACGGAGCUGUAAAUGAAAUUAAAGAUCUCACUGACAAACUAAAGGUACAGUCGGUCUUUCUAACCGCACGUUUUGGUUCCAGAACUAACAUGACUUUUGCAUUCAUUCUUUUUCUGGAAUCGCCAUCCAUAGGUACUGAUCUGUGGCUUGUUUUUCAUGGUGUUGAACAGGCAGCUGAAGGGAGACAAGAAGAAAUCCAGCAAAAGGGACAGGCUGAGAAAAAGGAAUUGCAGCACAAAAUAGAAGAGAUGGAAGAGAGAGAGCAAGAGCUUCAAGCAAAAAUAGAGGCUUUGCAAGCAGAUAAUGACUUCACCAAUGAACGGCUAACUGCUUUACAAGGUCAGUCCAGUAGUUCAAACAUGUUUUUAUCAUCAUUUUUUUUUCUUUAAAACUGUGAAAUAUAUGUUUUUUUGGAAUUCUGUUUGCAGUCCGGUUAGAACAUCUUCAGGAGAAAGCUCUUAAAGAACACAACAGCUUAGGUAGGUCUGAUGUUAAAGUAUUUUGCUUAAUGUUGAAAUUUGAUUAUUAAAUUGUACCCCUUUUGUGCAAAGCAGUUAAAUGAGCUAUAGAACACAGACUGUAAGAAUGUUUGAAAAUGAUGCCUUUAGUUUUAUUGUAGUUUAUUUUCUAGAUUAUUGAUAAACCGUGGUUUCAAGAAAAUACCAGUAGAGGGCAAUGUUUUUUAAAAGUCCCAACACAAAAGGUGAACUUGACUAUUGCAACUUUUCAAUUCUAGUGAUGCAGUUAAGGAAGAAUUAUGACAUCAUUAACAAUUAUUUUUGGAUGGUAUAUUGAUUUUGGCACUUGUGAUAUGUGACAAAUUCUGCUGCUCAAAGGAGGGAAAUUGAGAUUAUUUCUUAUUUUCCAGUAGCUUGAAGGAUAAAGUAUUAAUAGAGGUUUCAGAAGUUUGGCCCAUGUUUUGUGGAAGGUUCAUGACUGAACUGGGUAGCAAAACUGAACUGCAUUUUGUGAGAGGUGGGGCAAAUAGCUCAGGGGGUGACCAUAGCAUAUACUUUGCAAAAGGUCCUCAGAGAGUGACUGACAAUCUGUGAAAUUGACUGGCACUGGGCUGGAUGGACAACUGGUUUCCUUUGGUAAAAGGCAGCUUCCUUUGUCCUGAAUAUCAAGGGCAGGGGGCCUGAAACUCGCCAGUGCUGCUCCCAUGUUCUUGUAGCUACAGCCAUGAAAUGAAACACCCUAGAAUACCCUCAGAAUGAGUGUUAUCCAAAGGAGCAUUCAGGGGCAUGAUGAGUGGUGGCUGCCAGUGAGGAGGGCAAGGUUCUUUCAUCAGAUGCCCCUCACAAUGGCACUCAUUCUGAGGACAUUCUGAGCAACUGAAAAUGUUGGUCCAUAAGGAGCUAGGGAAGACCUGGUGAGAUUUGCAACCCCCAUAAUUUAACCCCUAUAAUAGCCCAAAUGCCCAGCUCACUUUUGCCACCUGAAAAUGGAGUGUCUCUGCUUCUAAUCAGUCCUAAGCAAUAUAGAAAGUCAGCACCCAUAUCUACAGAAUACUUUGCUUAUUCAGAAUUAAUACCUUUGUUAAUUCUAGGCAUACAAGUUGAUGACUUCAUUCCUAAAAUUAAUGGGAGCGCUGAAAAAGGUAGAGUAUCUUUAAUGACUGCCUUUUUUGUGGUGGUGGUUUUAAUUUUGAGCUUAUUUUUGGUUAUUUGCUUGUUUUGUGUUAAUAUUUUUUCUAAUUUUUACAACAAAAAAUAAGUUAAUAUAUUACUGAAGAAACACUUGGUGUUGGCUUCUAAAUUUUGUAUUUUUAGACAUGCCUUUGCAUGGAUACUCUACUAUCAGCCGGAGCAUGAAGUUUUCAAUACUAGUGAGACUUUAGUAACAGAGUAUAUCAGUAUAAUAUAUCUAUCCACUGUAGGAAAAUAAUUACAGUGAUAAAAGCAGAUACAUCAACAUGGCAGUUCAGGACAAUAAUGCCAAUGGCUCUUCAAGUUUAACUCUGAUGAUGGUUGGAGACUUUAAAAAAAACCAAAAGACGUCAAAUUUCUGCCUCAAGAUAAAUCAAAAUGAUGAAAACUUCAGUCGUCCUUUGCAGGGUACUGUUAAUGUACUAUGUUCCAAAAUGGAUAAGGGUGCCCAAGUUAAUUUGCAGGGCAAUCUUAUACCUGCGUGUUCAAAAGGAAUCCCACUGAGUUUAAUCUGACUUACUCCCAGGUAAGCAUGUAUAGGAUCGCAGCCCUAGAAAUCUUUUGCUUUGCUUGCCAAUUAACUCUAAAAUGUUCCUGCCUUUCACAUCUUAAGAUGCUAAAUUUGCAAGCACGAUCACUUCCUAAUUUAUCCUUCAACAUUAGUGCACACAAUGUUCUCAUUUCUUUUCAAAUGCUUAACUUCCCUCAUAGGAUCUGAGGAAUGCAGAGGACCCUUUUGGACACCUGUAGCUUUCUAUGUAAUUUACUCUGUUGCACUGCCACAUCUAAAGAAGCAAGUCAUGUUUAAAACAGACUAGAGGCUUGCCUCAUCAGCUGUAGUGAUCAGAACAAAACCCAGUUAGAACAUAACACUGGAAUCAAGAUCAGGAUUGGACUGCAGGCUUCCAUUCCUCCUCUCUUCUUGCAUGCAAAUUCCCACUGCCUCCUUUUAUCUAGUUUGGUCUUGUGUGACCAGUGUUAACCCUAGUUACAAUUAAUCCUGGUGUUUGACUCUACCCAUUUUGAGAACCUGAUUGAAAACAGGGACUCAAAAUGAGUUUUGGAGCAUACCUUGGUUUCAUUUUAAUCACAGUUGUCGAAAAGAUAAUAUUAAAUGUGGAACCCAGUUUGAAGAGGGUGGCUGGAAUUUGCAUUCAAAAGUGGGCGGGUGGUAUUUUAUGGCAAUCCCCCAAACUCUGGUUCCUUUUACGUCCAAACCAGGCCAAAGUCAUUGCUGUCACACAUCACAUUUAUCAUCUUGUACGAUCUCUGUGGAGAUAUGUUUUACUUGGAAUUGACAAGCAGUGACUCUUAUUAACUAUUCCUUUCGUGGAGCUUUCUUCCGCAGCUUUGUUGACCAAAAAUCCACAGUCUCAGAAGGCAGGAUGUUUAGUGAGUUACCAAGUGAUAACGAUCUGGUAAUGUUUCUACUCACAAGGGCUCAUUGCUUGCACAUUUGCUCUUUAGGCCUUUCUCAGGCAGAUCCACUUAUUCUUUUACUUUCGUACUGGCAGCAUUCCUUUCCCCACCUUUCCUCUCUUGUAGUUCCUAACUUUACUUGUCCCUAGACAUCCAUGUUUUUCUUCAGUUUGCUCAACAGAAUCUCCUUCUGCCAUAUUGUUUCCUUGCUUCCUACAACAAGCUCAGUUUCCCUAACAAAUUCUUUUCACUGUAUCAUAUUUUCUUUAUCUUUGGUAGCCUGAGUUUCAGAGCUUUCGUGAGAAAACAGAUAAGACUACCAUUCAUCCAUGAACACGGACCUGGGCUUGCCCAAUCCAGUCUUCUCGUAGACCUGUAAUAGUGCAGGGUCUUGUACCGUUACUCUUUUUCUGUGAACGGUGUGGGGCUUAUUGCUUCUCAAAACUUCUCCCACUCUUCAGGUUCCACUUUUUGUAAUCUGGCAGUUCCCUUGCGAUUCUGCCCUAGGUAGCAUGGAUGAUGCCAUUCUCUUCUCAGUCAUUUACACAACUUCUGCUCCCUGCACUGUGCAUAUCAUCUUACAUGGGAGCUUUGCCCCACUGUCAGGACAGAUUCUUUGAAGGGCUGCUGCUUUGCUGUCACAGGGAAAGAGGGCCACCCCCAUCACCAGAGUAAGCGAUAAUGGGGCCCCUUUGUGGGACACUGAGAGACCUGUUGUCCGAUCCUAGAUAUGCAGUUGAUAAUGCUGUUCAAAUGGACUCAGUUUUGUUUCAAAGCUUAAAUGUGCAGAAGCAACAUUUGUUUUGAAGUUUGCAAAAGCCUUUGACAAUAUACAGUGUGCAUAUACAUUGAGGUCUGGAUGGUGAAAUGGCAACUACUUGAUUUGGGCAUGGGAAACCAGGCUAGAAUCCUCACUCACUAAUGAAAGUCUAUGGUGGCGGGGGGGCAUUAGAUAAAUAAUUAUUUCCGAACCAAACAAACUUGAUGGUCUUAUUUUUUCCUUUCUGACUAAAAUGGCACUUUAACAGCUUCUUUGGAAAAUGUAUAUAAUACAGAUUAAACUGAUUAGAAAUUUUAACCUGUUAGACUGGGGUGGCUAACAUGUUUUGGCCCAAGGGACACAUUCACCCAUGGCCAGUCUUCCAUGGGGCAUACCACACUCUUGCAUACAGAUACUCAUAUGCGUGUGUGCACACAUGCAGGCAGAUAUACACACAGGCACACAACCCCACUUCUCAUUAAAUGAUUGAUCUGAUUACUAGAGAUGAUCAAUUCCCAUCCCCAUCAGGACACUGGGCGCCACCCACCCUAGUGCACUACUUUAUUUAUUUAUUUGUCCCUGAUGCCAUAGUCAGUGGGGUCAGGAAAUUUUGCUUUGGGGACCAUGUCAAGCCCCCAAAAUGCGGGUUUGUCACUCCUGUGUUAGACAUUAGUGAGAUGAAAGCUAUUUCAAGGAACUGUCUUGAAGCCUGAAAAUAUCCUUUUAACUACAACUCUUAAAACAACAGGUAUAAUCCUUUCCAGCUAUUUACUUUAGCCAUACCCAACUUCACAAAUUAAUAUAUGUUAUGAAUCAAGUCCAGCUGUUGAGACCUAGUAAUUUGAAGGUAGUUUAAAAUUGUGUCCAAUUUCCGAGUUGGGUAACAAUUUUAAAAUGUUUAAAGGUAUUUGUAUUACAACAGAAAGUGCCUUGUUGAUACAUUCUGGAUUUGGUAUAGGUUAACUUUCACCGGUAGUAACGUACAUUAAUAUAAAUUGUGAGGCUUGUAAAUUUUGAAGAUGUAAACAUGCAGAUUACAAAUGUGUAUAUUUACACCUUCAAUAUAUUCUAUAGUACGCUGGUGCUUUUCCUUUGGAUUUGAGGGUGUGUGUCUCCCCUUUUCUUUCUUGUGCCUUUUGGUGAAAAAUUCUCCUCCCUCCCCUGAUGUCUGUGAGGCUUAUACAUUUUGUCAUGAGCCCUCAAAAAGAUGAAGAUAUGAACUUAAAAGGUGUUUCUUUCUUUACUAGAGCACUUUCUUUCAAAGAGUGGAGGGGACUGCACUUUUAUUCAUCAGUUCAUAGAGUGCCAGAGUGAGUACAGAGCAUUCAUCACAUUCACUAAAAAGUCUAUAAAAACAGUAUCAUAUAUUCAGUACUAGGGUUGGGACAGUUAUAUUUUUGAAGUGCUCUGAAAAACAGAACAGAACUAUAGUUGUUGCUAUAGUAUUAUGGAAAGGUAGCCUGCAAUCAUGAGUAGAAUGGGGAAAUCCAGAUGGGGACUUAACCUGAGCAUAGUGAAUCUAGUUGAAACAGCUGACUGCAAGCCUCAAGUGAAUUUUCUCACUCAACUUAUCAAGGGCAGACCAACUUCUACAAUUCCAGUGUUACAGCUGGAGGAGAUUUCAUGCAUCCCUCCAUAGUGAGCUGGGCAAAUAGAAGAGGGAGAUCUCACAUAUGAUCAUAGGGGAGAUGUGCAGGUUUCCCGUUUCAGUGUUUCACUAGAAUUGUUCAAGGUAAAUCAGCAAGUCUCCGGUGCCCAAAUACCACAAUGAUUGGAGUGUAUUAAAAGGAUCCAAAUUCUUCCUGUCACUGAGUUUCCAGGAUAGCUUACAGGCAGCUUGGGGAAAGUGAGAAGGAUAUAUUCCACUGGACGUCUUUAGGAGAGUGUUGUGGAAAAAGCAAUAUUUUAGGCGUAAUAAUAAUAAUAAUAAUAAAUGUUCAGCAUGCUCCAGAAAGGCAGUAGUUCAGUACAGUUUGUUGUGUACCUCAUCCUUGUCUUCCUCAGUUUUCCAACUUUUUGCAAUCAUUCCAAAACUAUUAUCACGUUAUGUAUUCCAUGAAGGCUUUUAAAAAUUAAAUAUAGCAUAUUUGCUGGUAACAAAAAUGUACUGGAUUGGCAUUAAAGGGUGAGGUAGAGUGGGGCAGGGGUGGAAGUAGCUUCCCCAAUGUACUUACAUCCUCAAUUUCUUCACAGAUUUCAGUGCUUAUUUUUCUGCUUUCUUCAUUUCUUCAUUUUUCUCUUUGGGUUUGUGUUAUUUAAUCUUUCCCAUAUUGCAUAUGGGCAAAAUGUUAUUUAAAUACAGUUUUUAUCAUUUGUAAUCUUAAUUUUUAAAAUAUAUAUUUAUAUAGUUCCUAUAACCAAGACCAUCGGUUUUAAAGUUGGUUUUGUUGAAUUCACAUCUUGUUUAUUUUGCAAGAUUGCUAAAGAGGGGUGGGGCACCUGUGGCCCUUAGCCUAAUUUUAUGUGGUUGGGGGAAGCCCAGAAGGAGAGGAGGAGGAUAGGAAGGGAAAAAAGAAGAGGGAGACUCAAAGAGAUGGAAGGAGGAAGGAACAAAGCUCUCUGCAAGGUAUUGGUUUACCUCUGGCAAAAGCCACCUGCCCCUUCUCCAGCAGCUAUUGGGGAGGGGGAGAGGGGGGGAGAAAGAAAAGCAGGAGGCUUUGAGUAUUGCUUUUAUUUAUUUAUUUUUUAUUUAUUUUAUUUUGCUUGAUAGUUUAGCUUUGCUGUAAGUCUGCUUGAGGCCAUUUGUUUAUUACAAGAGGAUAUAUGUUAGAGGUGUGCAUUGGAUUUGGACAAACUCUGAGUCCCCAGAGCAGUGGGCUACCUCAAGUUUGGACCUGUCAGAGGCAAGGAGGGAUCGGUUUUAAGGUGGCACAAGUUGAAUCAGGAAGCUCUUGGUGAUUCAGAUGCCAAAAAAGUCCUGAAUACAAGUGUCUCCUUAAAACACAAGCAAUGUCUCUAGGUUAGAAAUAACAGCAGUGUAGGGUGAUGGGGAAAGGAGGAGAAGACAGAGAAAGACUACCAUUGUGACUGACAGGUCAGCCAUGUAACCAGAGGGAAUUGUUUUACUUGGAAAGUGAAUCCUUUUUUAGUUCUCCCCUCCCCAUCCAGUGGGUUUCUUACCCAAGGGGACCUUUGUCAUAGCUUCAGUUAUUUGAUAAAUUGCCCACCAAACUCCAGGGACAAUAAAUUUCUUUUUUAACCCACCUUGGAACUGUAGAAGCUUUCGGUUUCUUCCUUGUGGCUUCACUGAAGGAAAAGAAGAGUGUAAGAAUCCAAGGCCUGUUUACGUCAUGCUAAGCCAUAGUUUACGGUUUAUGUGCAAUGCCUUUGUGAGAAAACCAUUUCAACUAUUCAAAUUCUGGCAGGAUCUGAGGUUUCAGAAAUGGUGACCCUGAUUACAAUUUUCAUCUAAUUAUGCCCCCAAUAAAAUAGGUGUUGCACAUUUCCUUAAAAAUAAAUGAAUAAUCACAUUUGGCCUAUUUGCCUGUAACUUGGCAGAGCUCAUCCUCAUCUGCCAACUGGCUUUUCGUUUUCUAGUACAGAUGGUAUGUGUAUGAGCAAAGUGGGUUCAGAAAGAUGCUCAAGCCAAACUUGGCAGCUCAUGAAGCAUCUGAGACUUAGGCAGACUGUUUUCCAUAGUGUUGAAUUGGGGUCUCAACUAACCCUUGUGGUUGGUGCACACCAUAUAUAUACUACGAGGCCUAUCUAGUCCAGCAUCCUGUUUCCCACAAUGACCAGCCAGAUACCUGUGGGGUGCCCACAAGCAGGAUAUGAGGGCAGAAGCACUCCUUCUGCUGUUCACCAGUAUUUGGUAGUCAGAGCCCUGCUAUCCUGAAUCUCCCACCAUUUACCUUCAUUGGAUGGCUGUAUGUUCUAAUAUUAUGGGAAAGAAAAGUUCUAAUAUUAUAAGGGGGGGGGGAAUUCACUCUUUAAGAACACUUCUAACUAAACACACCACGUCAGGAAAAUAAUAUUUUGCUGAGUUAUUUCAAGAAACUGCAGUCAGUAAGGCAGUAGAUCUACCGUCAAUAUUUUUUAAAAAAAUGUGUGGUCACGUUUUCAGCCCCUGGGGAUCAGCCAUCACUCAGAUUAGACCAGAGACAAUGGACUUUAUCUGGAAGGUUGAUCUGGUAAUCUGAGAUGGCUGACGUCAUGGCUAAGGAACUGAUUAAUAUGAAUAAUCUAUAUUAGGUUACAGCCAAACUGAAAAACAAUGUAUUGAUCACAAGUUUACCAACUGGUCUUUCGGGAAAGAAGCACUACACAGUUAAUGCUCACUAUCUUGUUAUGGUACAAUAGGUUGAAAUAUGUAUAUAUCAGAGGAAGAUGGUCCCUGAAAUUCUUUACCUGAAGUAUUAAAUGGUUACGCCCUGUCAGGUACAUGUAAGAAAAGAUAAGAGAGCUUUUGUUUUUUCAGUGGGAAGAUGGUUACCUCUAAGUAGCAUAGCAUUUUUAUAUGGAAGUUUAGAUAAAGUAUAGGCCUCACAAUUAGUGACCAAUUUGUUCUGUAAUCACGGAAGUCCUAUAUACGGUAUUUAUUAGCUGACCUAUUUUGAGCAGAUUUUAUUUUCAUAGAAAAGGCUUGUCAGUGAUCCAUGACAUAAAUCUCAAACAUUUGUUUCUGUUUCCAUAGUAUGAAAUGCAGUCUAGUUCUCAUCAAUCUGUCUGCUUAUCUUAAAAGCCCUGAAACAGUCACCUCUUAAGUACAUUCUGCUCUGGCAUUACUCUCUCAUCCAUGAAAAAAGGCCUUUACUUUUAUCUUGCUUAGUAGCACUGAGCAGGCUUCUUUUUAUUAUCAAGUUUAUCAAGUAAAAAUGCAGGUGGAGCUGCUUAGUGCCUGAGAAAAUAAUUGAGAUUCAUACCGGCAUUUAUAGCACUCAGAUGUGUCUUACAGCUUGAUUACGUGGUAAUAAAGUUUCAUCUAACAAACAUGAACUAUCUGAAUUGAAAAAGUGUUUAAGGCUGAGUUGGUAGAUGACAUGAAAACCCUGAAAUAUGAUUGCUAAAGAUGGAGUAUACAUGAUGUAAUAUUGCAGUCAUGAAAUGAUGAAAAUGAAUAACAUUUACUUAACCAUAAAAUAAUCAUUUGAAACCAUUAUUUCCUCAGCUCUCUAAUGCCAUUUUAUUUUCCUACUUUUGUCCAUUCAGAAUAGUACAGAAUGUGUGAUCUCAUUUUCUGCCACAUCUGUCUUGUGCUACCUCUUCUUCUUUGACCCCUUAAUUUGCCACUCUUCUUCCUAUCCUUGUUCUCUCCACUGAUAUUUUCUUUUGGCCUCUUAGUCUGAUUUUUCCACCUUGUCAUGUUUACUUAAUUUUAUUUUCUUGCCUAGUCUGUGUUUGUGGUUCUCCCCCCACUUGCCUCAUUAUUUUGCUAACAAAGCAUAAGCACUCAUCCAAUCUUCUUCUAGUUCCCACUUACAAGUCUUAUUGGGGAUUGUUACUGGAAAAACACCACCAGUCUAAAUACUGGUGUGCUGUCAACCUACUAAGAAGGACUAAUAAGAAGGACGCCUGAUAUAUUCAAUCCCUGCGCCUUCCCCAAAGUUCAGCAAUGUAAAGCAAUAGCUGGGUUGCAGGAAAUGUGCACUAGAAGUAUAAAACAUUUCCAGAAUUUCUCGUCUUUUCCCUCACUUCUGGACUCUGUUAUAGCAAGAGUUGAGCACCAGCUUUCAAAACUAUUAUUCCUGUUAAAGGAAUGUGACCACUAUAUAGUGUUAAUAAUGCGUAUCUAUGUUAGGCACAAAGAAAAAAGACCUCUGUACCAGAGGAGUAUAUUCCUGUAGGUGAAUUCAGACAUAGUGUUAACUUGUGUGGGUAUAAGGUCACUCUCAGGCUCCAUAGCAGAACCGCCCCCGCCCCCCCGGCAAUAUCAACUUAAUUUUAUAUACUUUUCACUGCUUGCAAAUUAUAUUUAAUACCAGGUUUUAAAACACUUCUGUUGUAGAAUUUAUAAAUGUCUUUAUUAAUUUCAAAAUCAACUUUCAGUUCAGUAGAUUGGGCUUGCUCAAAUCUUUGGCAACAUUUUCUUAUUAAUUUAUCAUCUUGUUUGUGCAUAGAUAAUUAAGAUUAAAAUGAAAAAGUUCCAUUGAUUCCAGCACAGAGAAGUGUGAGGUAAUGUUGCCAUGUUUAAAUUUGGUCAUGGAAUGUGUAUUAGAGACGUGUACAAAGAAAUGCUUGCAUAGUUUGAGCUGGGAUAGUAACCCUUAUUUUGUUCACCAGACAAGCUCAUAGACGAAGGACAUCUUUCCCGAGUGGAUGAAACAAAGAUCCUGAAAGGUUAGACUUAUUAACUUGCUUUUGAGGCAUGUAGCAAAUGUUUGAAUCUGUGUUUAGGAAUUUGUUUUGCAAGUGUGAGGAGUGUUUGAGGGAUUAUAAUACACCAAGCCUUACUGCUUGGUGUAUUAUAAAAACUACUUCCAAGUAAAUGAAUAUAACAAUACCAGUUUUUGUAUUAGAAAACAAUAUGAAUAGAAAGAGUUUUGAAACAUGCGCAUUUGAGACUUAACUUGCAUCUUAUUACUUUUAACCUGGGAAUUGUAUUCAGUCCAGUUCAGAAAAAAAGGAAAUUUAGUUACUUCAAAAGCAUGGCUGUUACAACUUGUAAUUAGUUGUGAAGUCAUGGCAUUUCUAAGAUUUCCUGUGCAGUAAAUUAUUGAUAAAAUUUUCUGUGCAACAUGAACUAUAUUCAAGGUUUUAAAACUUUGCUGUUGUGGAUUUCCUCAAACUGUAUAUAUCACUUUUCGAUAAUCAAAAUUUACAUAAUUCAAAGUGUGUAUCCUUUGAUUUUUAAACUACCGUCUUUGAAAAAUCACUGUUUUCAAAUCCUCUAUGCAAUCGCCCUCCAGUGUGUUCUUGUUUUUCAAAGUGUAGGUAGCAUGCCAUAUUUGGAAAAGAAUGCAGACAAUAAACACAAGUGUAACUUAAUGCUUGCAUGCCAGCAUUAUCUUGCUUAAUGGAGUUAUUUUUUCAUUGAUGUGUAAUGCAUUCUAUUUUUUAAAAAAGAUUCUGUCAUGAAGUUUUAAAUAACUUCAUAUAGUUUUAAAACGAGACGAAAACUAUGCAAAGAAGAAAACUAGGUAAAGGAAAGCCAUUCUGGUAAAACAAAGUGAGUGUGUCACUUAGAAUCAAUUUCAUUUAAACGGAACUGAUAUAAUAAUAUAAUGCUAUAAAAGUGAAGAGACUAAUGCCUUUCCUAUAGAGCAGGCAUGUCCAACUCCCAAGAGACCGCGAUCUACUCCCACUAUUAAAAUAACUGGCAUUAAUCCUCUCAUUGGAUUGACCAAAGUUGUUUAGCUUUUUGGGGGGAAGCCAAAGUUGUUGAUCUGUUUUGGGGGAGGAAGACCCCAUCUACUGGUUGGACAUGCCUGCUAUAGAGAGCAAAUGAUUUGUGUAUAGAAGAGCCCAGGUUAAAUCUCCUCUAGUGUAAAAUGAAACAAAACAAGUAGCAGAUAAAGAUGACUAUCUCUGACUGGAACCCUGCAGAGCUACCACCAAUCUAAUUAGAUAGUGCUAGGCUACAUAGAUAAAUAGCCAAGCCUAAUAUAAGCAGCUUCCUUUGAUACUAAACUUAAUAUUGGACAAUUGGUUAUUGGACUGACUCCUUUCAUACUGAAGUAGCAGGUAAUAACUUUGAGAGAAUUCUAUGACAGUAUCCUAUAAUGUAAUCCAUAACCUAGGUUUUUUUUAAAAUAUUCCAUUACUUGGGAAUGUGAAAUAUUUUGUGGAAUGACUUUGAAAACUUAGAAUAAUCUAGAAAAAUAUUGCAAGGUAAUCAUAGGGUCUGAGAUCUUGUGGCCAUGGGUUUGCACCCAGGAGAGUGGCCUUGUUGAAUUACCCCAUGUCAUACCACAAGCUGCUUAGCAGCUCCCAUCGAUUGCAGAAUCCUUUGCUCUGCAUCUUAAGGAGAUGAUGUUCAAGAAACAAAAAUACAGUUCUCCUUGAGCAUGUAGAGCCAGUUAAGUGGAUCUUUGCAUCCUUGUGCACAUUUUUGGGUCCUUUGUCUUCAGCCUUUCCUGACAUUUGGUAUUGUUUAUUUUAUACUGACCCUUAUAAAGUAUAUAUUAAAAAUAGUCUAAAAUCAAGAAUGAAACCCAGUGGCGGUAAACUGCUUUUUUAAAUGCCUGUGUCUCAGAUGACUCAUCAAGAUUUUGCACAGAGGAUCCAGCUGUUUCUUCUAUAACCAUAUAGGGAAAUAAUGAGUUGCAUUCCUGCUGCUGCUGCAGAAAAAAAAAUCACAAUAGUGGGCUAGCAAGAAAUUUAUUAGGAUUUCAACAUACUAUGUUGUAAAAUAAGAUUGACAGGUCUCUUUAGUACCUUUAUAGUAAAGUAUUUUCAUUAGCACACCUGUAUUAAGGCUGAUGGUUGCUAUAUUUGUUUAUAAUUCCACCUUAUCGUCUCUCAAGGUGACUUGGAAUACCAAAAUUAACAUUAAAAAAUAAAAACAAUUUUAAAUCAGAAAAAUUGCACCAAAACAGUAAAGGAAGCCACCAAAACAAUUUAAAAUGGUGCAAGCCAGUAAAGAGCCAUUUUUUACUCUUAAAAGCAUUAAAGACAGGAGAGAGCAGGACAGACAUUGUCUGGUGCUAGAAGAUAGUAAAGACUCUGUACCAAGUGCAAUGGCAUAGUUCAUUAUCUGGGAUUAACCUAAUUUAAUAAUCUAGCUGUUACAUUCUAACACCAGUUGUAGUAUUUAAAUGUUCUGCAAAGGGGAUCCCAUGCAUAACAUUAAUUAUCUAGACUGGAUGUUACUAGAUAUACUAGAUAUAUAAUUGUGGUCAGGCCAUCUGCACCAAGAAAGGAGAUAUAGCUGAUGCCUCAGCUGAAACUAGUGAAAGAUGUUGCAUGGUAUGACAUCUGGCAUCCAGCAACAAGGCUGGAGAUCAAACGUGUACAAGGUUAUAGAUAGGUUUGUAUGUAGGAGAAUACCUCUUUCAAAACCAGUUUGAUAUCUCUUCCCUGACAGGCCAGUACCAACUGUACCAUGGUGUUGUUUGGAUUGUGUUUCAGUUUGUUAGCUUUUAUCCAGCCCGUUACUUGGCUCCAGGCAUCUGUUGUCCACAGCUGCACCUGGAUCUGAUAAAAAAGACAAGAUAGCUGUGUGCCAUGCCUAAAUUGAUUGCAGAACUUUGCACAACCUCUCCCAGCAACUUAAUGUAGCUCUUGAACAACAUGGGAACAAAAUAGAGCCUUGUGGAACACCAUAGCACAAGUACCAUGGCACCAAAUUGCAGCACUUCCUAGUCAGAUGGGUGCUGAGCACAAUGUCCCCAGUCCCCAUCAUGGCAAGUUGAUCUAGAAGGAUACUGUGAUCAGUUAUAUCCAAACCAGCUGAAAUAUCCAGAAGAAUCAAUAAGCAACCCAAUAGCAGUAUAGAAAAUGGACAUUUUUCACAACUGAGCCCCCCAGCUUUUCCUUUCUGGCCCCAGCUUUUGGUCAGUCCUAGGGGCUUCAGACAACUUUUGAAGCUUCACUAGAUAUAUAAAUGUGUGAAAAGGACAGAAAUUUCAAGGUUCACCAAGACUUCUUGGAUGUAGAAACAUAAUGUUGUUUUUAAAUUGUUACAUAGUGGAGCUUUUUAAAAAGUCAUACUACUGCUCUUUAUGAAGCAUCUUAUUGUGCAAAUGUUUUUCCUUACCCAGUGUAACUUGCUACAAAGCAGCGUUCAUUCCUAACAGCUCUUUUCUUUCUACCGUGUCACAAUAUCUGUAUUGUUCUGGAAAUGGUUUUCUGAGUCUCUCUCUCCUGAUUUGAUCCCAGAAUUAGUGAACAAAGCAACUAACUUUACACUGGGUUCCAGCUGGCCAGAGAACAACUUUCAAACAAAAGGCUGAACUACGCAUGAGGCAACUGCAUCCUGUGUUGGAUUGUUUAGUAUUAAAUAUGUGACCUGGGGAUAUUUAAUCCAGUUGGGAACAGGAGUGCAAAGGCAUAAGAAAACAUAGGUUUUCAACGACUGUGAUUUUUGUUUGUUUUCACCUCUGGGCUUUUAUCAGGCAAAAAUACAGCUUGAAUUGGUGUGAAAAUGUUUUUUUGAGAUACGUGUAUACUUUCAUGUAAGCAAAUUUUAUUUUUAUUUUACAGAAAAUCAAGCAAAAGCUAAAGAAGCUGAACUAUCAGAUACUCUUAGCCCAAGCAAAGAGAAAAGCAGUGACGACACUACAGGUACAUUUUGAGCAUAAGUUUAAGUGUACUUUUAUGUCAGUGAGUACUCAGAAGAGGAUUUCUAAAAAAAAGGGGGGGCUAUUUAAAGUUUAGAUAAAACUGUUUACAUACUUCAUUUUGUUCAGAUGAGUUUUUCUGUGUUGCUGCAAUGUUGAAUGACCUAGCUAUUCAAGUAAUUUUUUCUCAGAAUGCUAAAAUAACUUACUUUCUCAUUUAGAUGCUCAGAUGGAGGACCAUGAACUAAAUGAACCCAUUGCUAAAGUUGCCCUCUUAAAAGGUAAAUUACUGUCUUCUUCAUCUUUCAGAUGGUAUUUGUCAGGAUUUUUUGUGUAAUUUGCAAAUAUUUUAGUAUUGGGUAACAAUUUUGUUUACAGUCAAUAAUAUUUUUUAUUGCUCUUGCCGACGCCUCCACUGAUGUAUGUUCAACGCACAACUUUGAAUCCUGUGCAUGUUUUCCAGAAGUAAGCCCCGCUAAGUUCAGUGUGGCUUACUCCAGUGUAGCUGUGCAUAGGACUGUAGCCUUAAUGCAUAGUUUAGAAUUUAUAUAUUCUUGGUUUGUAGAUGAGCACAUUUUCUCCUACAGUUGCUGAGAUUAACUAGAUUCCUUUUAGCGUCUCUGUAAAAAUCUGCAGAUUUUAGUUAAUGCUAUGAAGUCAUUUCUACUUGGGAGGCAUGCUUCAGAAUUUUUCAUUUUCUCAUAUCUUUGUCAACAAAACUGCCCAUCAAGAUGUCCUUUGGGGCACCAAAUGAAAUAAUGAACUGCAAGACUUGAUUCAUUUAAAAUAAACACCCAAGUGACUGUUAGUAAUUUAUGUAUAAACCCGACAUAGAAUGAAAACACAGAAAUCAGAAAAAGAAAACUUUCUUUUUGUUUCCUGUGUAUCAUGAUGUAUGGAUGACUUUAAUUCAAGGCAAUUUUGUAUCAGCAAGGGGAAAAUAUCAGUUUAAAUAACAUUUAAAUCAGGUUUACCUUUUUGUACCGUUUCUGAACACCUACUCAUUAAAAUACAGUGACGAAAGAGCAGGCUCUGCCUAAGUUUGCAAGUGCUCCUCCUUGUCAUCCACACACAUACUGAAGAAACCACAUUAAUAGCUGCUCAGUUUUAGGAUUCAGAAAUUUGAAAGCAUCAGGUGAAUUCAUACCUCUGUCUAUCAGGAAAGAGCACCCUAAAACACUCUACUUGUUUACUUUUUUAUAACGUGUAGCUAAUCAAGUGGCAAUGCUCAGAGGUCUGCACUGGUUGCCGAUCUGCUACUGGUGUUACUAUUAGUCAUAGAAUCAUAGAAUUGUAGAAAGGGACCCCGAGGGUCAUCUAGUCCAACCCCCUGUAAUACAGGAAUCCUGCCCACAGCUGUCCCUGAGUGGGCUCGAACCACCAACCUUUUGGUUAAGAGCCAGACACACUGGCCCAUUGUGGCAUUGAAUGUUGUCUAUAAAGCGCUUAACAACUUGGGACCAGAUUAUCUAUGAUAAUCUAUUGAUAAUCAGGCAGGCACCUUCACUGUAUUCUUUUCAGUACCUGCUGAAAACAUCCUUAUUUAGACAAGUCUCCCCAGAUGUUUAGAAAGUUUCUAUGAGUUUUCAUCUGUUUUAGUCUUCUCUGUUGUGGUUUUAAAUUAUGCUAUUCAGCUAUGAUUGAAAAGAAAAUAAGCAAUAUUCCUGGAUAUGCCUUUGGGGUUCUUUCUGAACCUGUAAUUUAGUGCAUCCCGAUUUCUCACCCCCAACUUUCUCCUUAUCAAAGUUUGACACAUUUUGUGUGUAAAGACUGGCUUUUCAGUAGAAGCCUUGGUGCUGGCAAGCAGCAAUAUCCAGGAGAGAAGUGUACACCUCAGAUUGUAAAAGCUUUUGGCUAGGUCAGAAUUAUUUACUGCAGGUACCAGGACAUUCUGGAAAUGCAUGAACGAUGGGUGCAGUUUGGGCCAAGAUGUCUCCUGACUUGACUACACCCCUCUCUCACAACUAAAAGAUCUGGUGUGCCUAGGAGUUAGCGAUUCCACCGCUUUCUGCCUAUAGAAGGGUAUUGAGUAUAGAAGGGGAAGCCAAGGAUAUCCCCUCGGCCUUACUAAGCCUUGCCUUGUCUUCUAGUAGGUAUUUGGUGUGCUGAAUACGCCAUUCUUCUAGAAAAAAAUUAAUAAUGAAAGAAUAAAAUUAGCAUCAGCAGUGAAAUGCCAAACCGCUUUGAGUGUAUUUAUGAAGAGUUGCUCAUAUUUGAAAUGUUGCCACAACAGAAUAUGUUGUGACUUGAAUUGCCUGCCUACAUUAUUCAUGCGGAUUUAAACUUUAUUCUUGCAUGCAGGGCUAGAGUGUAUUGAUAUUUGACUUCCUAACAAUGUUUUAAUUUAUCGCCUAACCUUUCUCUAAUGCAAUGAGUAGCUGACUAAUUUUGCAUGACUCUUUUAAGAUCCUGUCUUCGCAGGGUAACGGUAAUUUGCUAGAACUGAUACCUUAAAGAAAAAUGUUCUUUUAGCAGAUGAAUUGCAGGGUGCACAAUCUGAAACUGAGACUAAACAAGAAAUUCAGCAGCUGCGCAAGGAACUGGUUGAAGCCCAAGAGCUAGCUAAAACAAGUAAACAAAAAUGCUUUGAACUGCAAGGUGAGAUGAAGAUUCCUUUAAAUCUGCAGAGUACCCAGGAAAUCAUAUGCCCAAGUACUUUAGCAACCAAACAGAUAGUUAAAUCUGUUUAGUCUGACAAUUGUUAUUAAGAUACAUGGAUAGGGCAUUUUUAUACUCUCCAUAUGAUGAAAGGGUAAAAAAUAACAGCACAAUCAUACACACAUCUGCUCAGAAGUAAGUCCCAUGGAGUUGCUUGAAGCUACACUCCUAUACCUGGGAGUAAGUCCCACGGAACUCAAUGGAGCCUACUUCUGAGUAAACAUGUAUAGGACUGAACUAUAAAUUUGAAUGUUUAAUUUAAGCAAUGGAAAUAAAUAAGCCUUUUUUAUUGUCCAUUUCAUUUUGUUCCAUAACCUGGUAAUAUCAUGGAUGCAUUGAAGGGAAGCAUUUUUUUUAAAAAAGCUUCAAUAAAAUGUAUUAACAGCUAGCAGUGUAACAUGAUUAUUUAAAUAUUUUGAUUUACUUACAUGGACUCUGACAUUAUUUUAAUGAGCUACUAAAAACUAAUUUCUAAUGUUUUCCAAAUGGUAAGUAUAAUGGAGCAAAACUUCAGAUCCUGUCAUUAUACUUACAGCAAUGUUAGAAGAAGAGAGAAAAGCUUAUCGAUCGCAAGCUGAAGAAUCCACCAAGCAAAUCCAAGUUCUCCAAGGUAUAACACCCUUAUGCAAAAGAUUUUGUAGAAAGAUGCAGAUGAUGCAUUUGAAUAUGGCAAGGACAUUACCAGAGUUUUGUUUCACUUUUAAAGAACUCCAGUUAAGGAUUACAUUCAAACUUGUGGUUCUUGCCUGAAACUGAUAAGUUUCGGGGAUUCUCCACCUCUGCUUUAAACCAAAGUGCAUUUGUUGCUGGUACAGAAAACAUGACAAACCAACAUUCAGGGAAAGUGAAACUAAAUUCUGUUGAGAUUAUGAAUACGUAUCUCCACCCACCCCAGAUUUAAACAGCAUUUUUUAAUAUACUCCAGCAGUCACUUUUGAUUAGUUGCAGGAGAUGAGAUCAGCUACUGCUGGAACAAACAAGGAACUACUGUUUUGGUUUUUUAAAAAUAGCACUGUUAAGGAGCAUGGGUUGGUGUAGGUUAAACAGCACCAAUUCCUUUCUGAGAGUGGAGGUGAGAGGACGUUAUAGCCUCUCCUUCCAUCAUUCUGUUGCCAGCAGGCUUUGGCUACCCAGUCCCUUCCUCAGAAUUUCAAGCAGACUGUCCAGCAGUACAGUGGUACCUCAAGUUACAAACGCCUCAGGUUACAAAUGCUUCAGGUUACAAACUCCUCUAACCUGGAAGACUUACCUCAAGUUGAGAACUUUGCCCCAGGAUGAGAACAGUGGCACAGUGUUCUCAUCAAUGGCCGGUGGCACAGUGGCGAAAGCACACCUCUAGUUAAAGACAGUUUCAGGUUAAGAAUGGACCUCUGAUUAAGUUCAUAACUAGAGGUACCACUGUACAUCUUUAGCUGUAUGGUCAAGAAGAUAGAUCUUAAAAUGCAGACAUUCCAGAAUUAGAGCAAUGCUAGGACAAAUUGAUGAACCAGGCAGGAUGAGAUCUGUCUGACAGCUUGCCCAAUUCUGCAUUGUGUGCCAAAAGAGUAAUUGUCCUUGGUUUCCAAUUUGUCUAAAUACUUAAAACAUAAAACUGAAUCUAAUCUAGGAAUGGUGUUUUCAUGAGAUGAUAGAAGUGUUGGAAUUAAAUCAUUGGCCUGGUUUGCAUAUAACACUAAACUAGUCUAUGUAUUGAAUUUAUAUACCGCCCUAUGCCCACAGUUUAUCACUGUGCGCAUGAGCGAAAAGGAACCUGAGCAAAAUCUCAGACUCACAUGCUUGUCCUUCUCAUCUGGGAGGAUUUUGACUGAGUUCAUUUACCUUUUGUCAAAACUUGGCUGCUUGUUACAUACAAGCCAGAAAUGCUGAAUUAAAAACAUUGUCUCUGAUUCAUAUGACACAACAAACCAAUGGAAAGUGGAUCAAAAAUUAUGCCCAAAUACUUUCCCCGGCCAUGCAUGUGGAGGAGAGGAAGGUGGUAGCACAUGAGCCUGAUGCUUUGCUCAGGCUCGUUCUUGUUUGUGCAUGUAGCACUAAACCAUGGCUUAGCGUCACACGUAAGCAUAGCCAGUCUGUUUGCAGCCGGGUUCUUACACCCAUCUUUCUUUUGUUUUCUUAACUUCUUUUUAAAAGUAAAGUGCUAAAGUUCAGUCAGCUUCCAUUUAUAGAGCUCCAAAUGGCUGACAUGAAUUUGCCUACCCAACCUCCUUAAGAAAAUCUGAUUUCUUGUAAAUGUUUACAGCUCAGCUGCAUCAGCUGCAGGAAGAUAUUGAAUGUCUUCGUGAGAAAAAGGAGAGUGAGAUCUCCAGUACUCGAAAUGAGUUGCUUAGUGCUCAGAGUGAGAUGCUGUUACUGCAACAAGUGGCCGAGAAGGCUGCGUCUGAAAGGGAAACAGAUGUUGCUGCUUUACAAGAAGAGCUACAGAAAGUAAGGGCUGAACUUGAGCGGUGGCGCAAAGAGGCUUCAGAAUACGAGAAAGAAAUCGUCAGUCUGCAAGCCAGUUUUCAACUACGAUGUCAGCAGUGUGAGGAUCAGCAGAAAGAGGAGGCCACCCGGUUGCAAGGUAUGGCACUAGAUGGACCUCAUAGUUUGAUCUAGGAAGAAUAUGCCUAUAGUCCUUUGUCCUUUGCGCUUUAAAUGGCACAUAUAAGUUUAGGGGCUUCUGCAGUCCACUGAUGCAGCAAGAUGAAGAUAUGUGACUGUAACAGAAAUUAGUCUCUAGUAGGCUUUGGUUCAGCAGUGACCCGUGCGAUCCGUCUGUACAGCUAUUUCUAUGCAGACACUUUAUCUGGAAUCCCUAAAAACAUCUUAAAGGUUUGGCAAGCUACAGCAACAGGUUUGUAUCGUAGUAUAUCAUCCUUGAAAUAUCAUCCUUGAAAUAUCAUCCUUGAAAUAUCUUGAGUCCCAACUGCUGUUGGUUGGGUUGAACCAUUGCAAGAAGUCAAAACUGAUGAAAUGCUGCUGAAACUUUAUAAUGGAAUAUUUGAAAACAUGGCACCAGAGAACCAGGUUAUACAAUAUAUAGCACCUAACUGUGUUAUGACAUUGUGCUACAGUGUUAACGUUGCAUGCGUAUAAAGCUGCACCAACAAAAUGGUCUAUUGUUUUGUUCUAAUUACUUACUGUGAGAUUAUUAUUUUUUAACAUAACCACGUCCAACUGGCCUCUCCAGAAUUAUUUCAUUCAUUCUGUGCUAAUUGCACUGAUGAGUGUUUUUCAAAAUGUAUUCAAGCUUCUAAUUGUUUGCCUCGAUCAAACAAAUGCUAUCUCUCAACUCAGAAUGAUCUGUUUCCAUGACUACAAUAUUAUACACAACCAGCUGUUUCUAUCUAUAAUAUCACUGAUAAAAUCCUUAAGAUUUCUGCUAGCAUGUGUACCUGCAUUGUUGUAAAGUUUUAUCUUUAGGGUGAUUUUUUCAUGUCCUCUGAAGUUAAAUCAUUAUAUUUUCUAGUAAAUUGGUGUGAUUAUGAUUCUACCAUUUCUGAAACCAUGGAGAGCUGCUGCCACUCAGUGUAGACAAAUUUCUGAGCUAGUUGAAUUCAGUAUAAGGCAGUUUCUAGGUUCCUUUUUAUUGUGGCAUUUGGUAAUUAUUUAGCACCGUGACCUCUCUAUCGGUAGUCCCUGAAACUGUGUGAAUGGCUUUCAGUGGAAAAUUAGUUUAGCAUAUAGUAGUGCUAAUUUGGGUGGAUCAGGUUUAAAGGAAUUAAAUGUGUGGCUGGCCUCAGUUUUUACCACAAACUGGGCAUAUAAUUAUUAUGUCAAAGAUAUUUUAGAAUAAUUGCAGAUGUUACUCGAACACCUUUGAAGAUCCCAAUUUUCAGUCCACUUUAAUGGGUAACAUAGCAUUACUUGCUUGUAGGUGAACUUGAAAAGUUGAGAAAGGAGUGGACUGUUCUUGAAACCGAAUGCCUUUCAUUAAAGAAGGAGAACUCUUUGCUUGCAUGUGAACUUCAGCGACAGGAGAAGGAGCUCCAUAAGUAAGUGCUGCUGAAUCUUAUGGCGAAGUCCAUAGAUGUUGGAUGGGUGAAUCCCAGUCUUACCAUAUGGUGAUAGUUCCUUAAAAUUGGGCACUAAUUUUGAAAAUGUAUUUUAAAUGAAAAUAAGACUCCCUCCUACAAGUGGCAGUAUUCGCAAUACCCUGUCCUGUUUCUUUUAGCAGAUUUGGUCCAGAGUCAUUUAGUACAUCUGAAGCACUAGACAAUUUUUGCUUAGGAAUUCCCAGUGAUUUGCCCUAAUCUGAAAAGAAAUAGAAAAGUGUACUAUUGGUUUCAAGACCUUUCUCUCCAAGCCACCCCCCCAACUUCAAACAAUUUAAAGCAGGCAUGGGCAAACUCGGCCCUCCAGAAGUUUUGUAACUACAAUUCCCAUCAUCCCUAGCUUACAGGACCAGUGGUCAGGGAUGAUGGGAAUUGUAGUCCCAAAACAUCUGGAGGGCCGAGUUUGCCUAUGCACUGAUAGCUAAGAGAUUGGUCCUUCCACUAUCAAAAGUCCUCACCAUUCAAUGAACUGAGCAUUGAAAAUGAAGAACCAUUAGGACAGGCUGUGAAAUAAUAAAAAGCUUUCAGUGGACGCAGUGAUUUCUGGAAUUUUCUGAAUGCUAUACAUUCCAUGAGACUUUAAUCAAGAAUUUCCUAACUACCCUUGUGGUCAGGGUUGUUGUUGGGAUUUAUUUUUCUUCUCUCCCUUUUUGGAGGUUCUGGAAAUUAUUAGGUAAGAUAAUAACAUAACGUGACAGGAGGGAAUGUUGAAGGAUAGAAGUUGAGUGGAAGCUAAUAUGUUUUAAUUUUCAUUUAAAACUUUUAAGUUUAAAAUACUCAUUAGUAGCAGGAUUCAAAGAUGUGUUUUGAUUUUGGAAAAUGCUGACUAAAAUACAUCUUAACAGAUAAAAUGGAAUGCAUUUGAAUGCCAGUUUGCAAAUAACGUGAAGGUCACUUUGUAUAAAUAUUUUCCGUAUGAUUCCCCCCACCCCUCCCCGCUACAUGACUUAAAGGUCAUAGCAUAUGUAGCCUUGGCUACAUUUUAGAGAAUUGCCAGACUAAUUCCAUGCUUUGCAGUCUCCAGCUGCUGCACUGAAUCAGAAGCGGGGUGGUCUUCCAUUGCAAGCAAGACAUCAAAAGUCCUACUGGGCAUACAAGAAGCCCUUUACACAGCCUAAAGUAGUUUUUCUUGGUUGCUUCACUUGUGUUGCAGAGACCUCAUAUUCUUUACCAUGACUUAAUACUCUCUCUUUUUUAACAUUGGAAGGAUUGCCUUUGUUGUGGUAUGUUUUCAUUAUCUAGCAUUAAAAUUUAGAAAUAGUAGGCCCUGCAACAAAAUACUGCAAUGUAGCUUCACCUUCAAACAAGAGUACAGUGGUACCUCAGGUUACAAACACUUCGGGUUACAGACUCCGCUAACCCAGAAGUAGUACCUCGGGUUAAGAACUUUACCUCAGGAUGUGAACAGAAAUUGUGCGGCAGCGGGAGUCCCCAUUAGCUAAAGUGGUACCUCAGGUUAAGAACGGUUUCAGGUUAAGAACGGACCUCCAGAACGAAUUAAGUUCAUAACCAGAGGUACCACUGUACUCUGUUCCAUCCAUUUAAACCAGGACAUUCCACUUCCCUGUUUUUCUUUUUGAACUUGAUGGUAAGCUUUCCAUUGCUUCUGGACAGUUCUUGCUCAUCUUCGCAUUAGGCUAUAUUUUGGAAGGAAGGGGUCUUGUAGUUAUGUAAACUGUGGUUAUCCCAAGCAUGUUGCUGCUCCCUUCCUUUUCCCAGCUACCCUUUGUUGGCAACAUUCCUGUUGGCACUCACCACCUGUGUUUGCUAUUAGAGGAAGUUAUAAUAAUUUACGUGUUGCCGGGACACCUUCCAAAUGUGGGUAAUAUAUAAGGAAGAUGAUUGUAAAGAAAGGUUUUAGUUAAAUAGGCAGGUGAAUGCCUGCUCUGGUUUCUGUUCUCAGCUGGUUUAAUUUUAUUUAAACAUUGGACUGCUUUGCACAUAAACCCUAAACCAUGGCUUAGCAUGAUGUGAACAAGCCUUGGAUUCUUACACUCUUCUUUUCCUUCAGUGAAGCCACAAGGAAGAAACCGAAAGCUUCCACUUCCAUUUUAGAUUACUCACAAAUUAAUAUGUAAUCUAAACCGUAAAGUGUCAUUAAUCUUCGCUGUAGCUAAUUGAAACAACUUAGCUUCAUGAAUUGUGGUUUAAAGUUGAUUUGAUUCAACUAACCACACUUAAUAUUAAUCAGUUUGUCCAGAUUCAGAAGGGCAUUAAAAUGUGUCUAAUCUAAAACAGGAGCAGAACCUUCCGGAUUCUUCCAUAUGGUAGCACUAGAGGAGCGGGGGGUGCAUGAAUCUGAGGCUCACUACAAUUCAUUCUCAUAACACUAAACUAUGGUUUAGCAUAAUGUCCAAAGCAUUCCAUUAUCUAUAUUUUUAUUUUGGUGUUGUGUCAAUUAAAAAACAUUUAUUUUUCCUUCUUGAAACUUGAAGCUUGAAACUUCAUUGUGCAUUUGUUAUGGAACUUUGUAUGCAGUAUGCCAGAGCACCAGUACUGUGUUCAGUUAUAGGGAUACUGUGGGUGCAUAGUGCUGCACAUGUUAUAAAGUGCUUGAUUCUGAGGAGGGGAAAUAGAUGACAUGUUGAUUAAAAGUAUUUGUUUCUAAACAUGUAGUUUUCCUUUGGGGUUUGCCCUUCUUUUCUUUCACAGCUCUCAACAGCAAAGUUUAGCGCUUAACAGUGACCUGAGUGUUCUUGAGCUGACUCGAAAGGAGCUUGAAAAUAAAAUGGGGUCUUUGAAAGAGCAACAUCAGCGAGAUGCAGCUAGUCUGAAAACCCUUCUUAAUGAAGCAGAGAAUCAAGCUAAGGAUGCUCAAAAUGAGGUAGAUAUCAAGAAAUUCAAGUUCGUCUUUAUCACUGCUUUGUAUGUCUGAAAACAAUUGUUCUGGAUUCCAUCCACCCUGUGGGGACCCUGACUGUCGUUCUCUCCUGCCCCCUCAACAGCAUUCUCCCCUUAGCUGCAUUUGGAUGUAACACAAAGCUACAGUUUAGCUCUGGGUUCCUUCUCCUCUGUUCCUACUGCAAGGAAGGGACAGAAAGUUUUUGCAUCCAUUUUGAUUAUUCAUAGUAACUCAUUUCGCCCAAAUUAAGAAUUGUGGUUAGUGUGAACUGGUCUGGGUAUACAAGCCAAGUUAUACACCAUGGUUUUAAGUUGGGUUCCCCUAAACCAUAGUUAACACUAACCACAACGCAGACGUAACGCUAACUGUGGUGAGCUGGAAACGGAAGCAAAAGCCUCCGUUCUCCUCCUUGUGGCUGUUCCAGGGGAGAAGGGGGAAGUGGGGAGCACGCAAGCCCUGCAGCUCAUGCAGGUAUGAACAAGGCCUUUGGGAGACAGACAGAUUUUGGAACUAACGAGAUUUGAAAAGCAAUGGGGCGGGAGUUGCCAUUAGUGGGUGUGGAUGGGGAAUAGAUAACGCAGCUGAGUUGAUGUGAAAUAAUUCUGUAUGCAUUGUCUCUCAAAACUGUCUUGAGUUAAGCAUGCUCUUCUGCUUGUUGAAAUGUACUCCAAUUAUUUUCUUUCCUUUUUUAAAAAAGGUUUGUUAAUGCUUAUUCACUUGUCUUUAUCUAUCUAAUCAAUCCUGCCCUUCGGCAGCAAAAGGCUCCUAGAGUUGCUUACAACUCUACAAACUGGACCGACCCUGCCUUCAGACGUAAAGCCCUUGACUUUCUCCUUCUGUUAGGGCAAAUAUGAAGAUGCACCUGUGAACCUAAUUAGGGCUAAAGCUGUAAAGUGCUCAUUGAGUUCAGUUCCUACAGUUACUUCAUGAGAUGAUUUUUGCCUUUUCAGUUUCAUAUGAGAAGUGUCCACAUUGAUGAUGUUUUAUAUUUACAGCAUCAGGUUAAAGAUUUGAGAAUUGCCUGGUAGUGGUUGAUGCCCUGUGUGGCAAAAUCCAUAAUAAAAAUGGCACACAGUUCACUUCACGAUAACCGUGCCACAUUCAAAACAAACCUGGGUACUGAGCCUCCUUCCGUUUCCAACUUUUGUAGAGAGUGAGUAGAGGAAAGUAGGAACAAAUUCAUAUUAUUCCUUUAUUCUCUGCACUGAAGAGCUUAGGCACAUUAGAUCCUGAGGGAGGCUUUGAACUUUGUGAUAGAAAUUCAACUUUCUGUAAAGAUUAAAGCGUUCAAAUUGGUUUUGUAGUCAAGGCAAUCAUUUCCCUUAACAACUAGGAAUGCACGUCUAUUAAGGUUAGUGGGUUUUUUUGGUAGCAUUUGAGCUUGCUAGAAAGCGCAUAAAGUAAGCAUUAAAAGCCUUCCAGAAAGUGCCUCAUGCACAGACAAUGGAGGUGAUGAACCUUCAGUAGCUGUUUUGUUUCUUCAUUAACAUUACUAGGAAAGCAUUGGUUGACCAUUUCCAUUGCACUUUUUGAUCCCUUCCCUUGUUAUCAUUUCAGUUGCCAUCUGAAUGCCAUUUUCAUAUUUAUUUUGUAGUUGGGACUAAUAGGACUGUAUAUUUUGCCAACAUUUUGGCUUUCAAAAUUCACUAAUACAGUGGUGUUACUUAGUUGUAGUGGACACUAUUUAUGCUUUUGCAGAGAAAACUUUUGUUUCUACAGGGAAUUCAGAACACUCUGUUUGUCUACUUUUUAAAACCUGGGUUGGUGUGCUAUAAUAUAUAAUAUGAUCCAUAAUUUGGGGCCUUAGCACUACAAUGAACUUUGGUGGAUUUCACAUACUUUCCAUAAGGUUUCUUUAAAAUGGGAUUCUAUACUGCUCUGGGCAAAUCUGUUUUUGGCCACUGGAAAGAGAAAUGCCUUUCCUGGUAGGAGGUUUUGGUCUCUUGGAUUACAUUUUGAUGGAGAAGCUUGAUUCCAAAUUGUGUAGUACUUUAUAAAGAAAACGACAGAACUUUGUGACAUAAAAGACUUCUCUGAGUAGACCCGCAAAAAUUAACAAACCUAGGCCUAUUAGGCCUACUCAGGGUAAACCCAGUGAAGUUGAUGGAUAAGACUAAUUAUCCAUAUAAAAAUUAACAAACCUAGGCCUAUUAGGCCUACUCAGGGUAAACCCAGUGAAGUUGAUGGAUAAGACUAAUUUAAGUUCAUUAAUUUUAACAUGUCUACUCUGAGUAGGACUUAGUUGGGAACAGCCCUAAGCUUUUUUUUUUAAGUGUGGCAUUCUCUUUCCAUACAUGGAAAACUUAUCUCCUGCCCAUGGCCCUCCUUCCAUGACACUGUUCCUGUCUGAUCUUCUCUUACUAUGCUUAUGGUCCUUAAAGGUAGACAGUUGUACUGAAUUUGCUGAUGUGCAAACUUUCUCUUAUUUUUGAAAAAGUGUUGAAAACAAAUAGUAAACACCUAACAGGCUUUCAAUCUGAUUAAAGUUUUGCAGAUGGUGGAAUUGAUUUUGUGCCAUACUUAAAUUUACAACACAAGGCAGUUUAUAAAACUCCCGAUAAAAACAUUUAAAAAGUUUGGGGACUGGGGAAAGGAAGUGCAUUGUUACUUACUUUGUGACCAUUCAGUGCAUUCCAUUCCCACAAGCCACAAAUCCCAAAGCAGAGCCUGUGCUGGUCAGCUGCCCAUCUGCAUGGAAAAAAGGUGUGUUUAUCCAAGGACUGAAUGUUGAGCUAACGUGUGAUACAUGACCUAAGAUGUGAUGUUCGUGUAGUUACUGACCCACACUCCCAUACUUCUUUUUUUGUUCCUGAGACAGAAGCAGUCUAACUCAUCCUAACUUGUUUUUUGUAGUUGGUUGUAGACUUAGGGUUAGUGGCACAUCAGUAAAGCAGGGCUGGGCAACCUUCUUGGCUCCAUGGGCCAAAUCUGUGGACCAAAUUUGACUUGUGGGUGGGCCCAUACCCUGCCAAUUACAUAAUGCCAUUAUAUCACAUCACAUGAUUGCCAGAUGGGCACCUCUGCCCACCUCUCGAAAUCCUUUGCAUGGGGUUUCCAAGUGCCUAACUUCCAACUGGGAAGCUGCAGCAUCUUCAAAACACCUAUAGUCUCAAAUGGAAAUUGGGGGUCUUUUAAAGCCCUUUGCAAAAACUCUCUUUGAAGCAUCCCCAUACACUUCCUUUAAGGGGGGGUGGGGCGGAGAGAAGAAGCUCCUCUUCCCUGCUGGCACCUGCAUGCCUGUUUGCUUGAAGGGAAAACACUGAGCUGCUUCAAAGAAUGCUUUUGCAAAGGGCUUUACCAUUAGCUGAUCAAAUCUUGCUGCCUUGGCUGUGCAAUCCUGUUUCCAGUUGGGAGCAGGUUGCGCAGCCAAUGCAGGGUUAAAUUCUUUCCUCUUGCCUGUUGGCUGACAUCACCAGUGACAUCAGCUGAUGGGCAGGUGGGAGUAGUUUGGAGAGGAUAGCCUCACAGAUCAAAACUGGCCCGUGGGCUACCGGUUCACCAUUCUGACAAUAUUUUUUGUAAUACAAUGGUGGGAAUUUAUCUGGAAUAAGUUAUAAACUUUUUCAGGUGAGCUGAAAAGCAUCAGCUGGGGAAAUGGUAUUAAUUGUCUCACUGGUUGUCUUCAGUUUUUUCUUUGAGCCAAAAAUGUUGGGUGUGGCUGUAUUUUUAUCAAAUUAGGCAUGAAGUUUUCUCUGCUGGAAAGAAUUUGGAUGACAUUUCUGGAAGGAUGUCUAAUAAAAUGGAAAGACAUGCAGCUUUUGAUCUAGAAUAAAACAAAAUGUUGCACCAUUUCUAAAGCCACAUCCCAAAAGGAAAUACAUUUAAACCAAAUGACAUAUGUUACGGUCUAGAAUUUUCAGCAGAAAAGCAUCAUGAACAGCUAGAUUUUAUCUUUAGGGAAUUUGAAUAGUGUCUCACAUCUUGAUCAGGUGCUGUUAUUAAUUUCAAGCAAUGUGAGAAUUAUUGUAUAAAAAGCUUUAAUCUAGAUAAAUGAAUAUUUUCUAGCAUGGAAUAACUUAUGAAGUGCAAAAUUAAAUAUGAAACAAAGGUUUAUAUAGAGAGUUGUAAGUAUCUAGUGGAAAGGAGCAAAACUGUAAUACAGGCACCAUGCAGUUUUAUUAAAGGAAUCAACAGGAUUCAGUAUUGCAGCAAACCUGUAGCUGCCAAACCCUGUUCUCCUCUUCCAUCUCCUGUCUCCCACACAUAAAACAGAUUACAUGACAUGAUUGCAUUCCCCCACUGCUGGGAGAGGAGCAGGAAAUGCCGGGUCUAGUUCUGACAUGAAGGAUUUGUAUUGUACUUUGACACUUUUCCUCUCACUUUUUAGCAAACAACAACAAAACACCAGUGAUAACAAGAUAAACCUUAUUCUAAAAUUACCGGGGGGGGGGGAGGUGUUAUUGAGGGAAUUAAAUGAGGAAAGGAGAAAACCAUGACAGCCACCUUGAGCUCCUUGGAAGAAAAGGGUGACUAUAAAUGCAAUCAAUCAAUCAAUCAAUCAAUCAGUCAAUCUUAGUGCAGGGGAAUGAACACGGACCAGUUUACUUUUUCCUGAACUUGAUUCCAGUCUAGCAAAAACUAAAUUGCUGCCCUGCCUAAAACAUACAUAUUAAUAUCCAUGCAAUAUUUUAUUGAAAAGCAUAGACACAUCUCCCAAAGCUACUUUAACCUCUUAAAUCUAGUUUAAAUGGGUCUGUAGUAUAUGUGUUUUCUUUGCCUUUAGUAUGAAAAGACACAGACCAUACUCUCAGAGCUGAAGUCGAAGUUUGAAAUCACUGAGCAGGAAAAGCAAUCAAUCACAGAUGAACUCAAACAGUGUAAAGACAACCUGAAGCUGCUACAAGAAAAAGGAAAUCAUGUAAGUCUGUAUAACACGUGUGCCAGGUUUUUGUUAUUUUAUUUCCACCGCGAGAUUACUAGCCAUGCCUGAUGAAGGUUUGGAAAAAGCAUUUUGCUAAGUUGCAGGAAUUUCAUGAAAUCAGUGGCCCAUAAACUUCUCCGGCCCAAUACAAUCUAACGGAGCAACUCUAAUAUUGGGGGUGGGGUGAUACAUUCCAUAGGGGAAAACUGACCUGGAAAUACUUUCCCCAUUCAGAUUUGAAUGUGAAGGGGAGAAUAAUUCUGAGGCUUUAUUGAGUCCCAAAUUUCUUUUCUGAGCCUGGAUCUGAAGAGCCUUUGCCAAAAUCUCUAUUCAUUUCCUCCUUUGAAAUAUUCAACCCUUACAAAACUAGCAAUUUGGCCAGUGGAGAUAUUCCAUUAUUCAAGCAUCUUGCUUCAGAAAACCUUUGUUAAUCAGGGCACGAUAUCUAACACAAAAUGAAGCAGAGACUGAGAGAACAGCAUUUUCCAUCCGCCAGCCAUACUUCAGCGAAUGGCUUCUUGAAUGGCAGUUUCUGCUUCUCGUGCGAAUAAAGGAGUGUCAUUCAGACUUCUGUUGACUUUGAGGGGAGCAGAGCUUAGAUCUACAUAGUAUUCUCUACAGCAACUAGAAUGAUUUUUAAAUAAAAUUAUCCUAAUAUAACCCAAUCUAAAGGAUCUUGAUUAUUAUAACCCAAUCUGCUAUAACAGAUCAGUGAUAUGUGAAGUCUUUCCACUGCAACAGUUACAGAAUCAACCUCGUUGUCGCUUGCUAUGGGCCUGAGUAUAUCUAGUAGAACUAUAGGGAAAGAACUUGGAUGGCCUGUUAAUCUGCAGUUUGAUGAAUAUUUCUUGGUAGCAGUGCUUAUUGUCUUUCUAGUAAAAUGCAUUUUCAAAUCAACUUAAAUAUUUAUAUUUUUAAAAGUUCUAUAAAGACACCUGAGAAUACAUUAAAGACCAAUAGAAUACAAUAAGUGUAUCAACAACUAAAAGAAACUUCAUCUGCUAUCUUCAUCUUCCACUUUUGUCUUAAAAUGUUUUCAUAUGUAGAGGAAUAAAUGUGAAAAAUAUUGUGCUGAUAUGUUGGAAUGCAGAAUCUGAGUAGAGUUAGUCUCUUACUCAUGGAUUUUCACCACAGAAUCAACAUGAAUUUUACUUUCAGUAAUAAACAUGUUUUGCCUGAUUCAGUCAAAUGAGAAGAUUGAGUGGGUGUGAACAUUCCAAAUAAUGUUCUGUUGCUGGGAGAUUCCAGAACAUUCUGAUGGCAGCUCUUGCUCACCCUUUUUGAGUAGAAAAAUAUCUAUCCAACUUGGCAAUAUACAAAGGCUUUGAAAUAAUAAUAAAACAGUACUGACUGCCCUAUUCCCUAAUCACUAAAUUAUUAGGCAUAGGGACUGAGAAGAGUUAUGUAUGCAGGUGGUUGGUGAUUAAGAUACGGGGUGAGUGAGGAGUUGAUAUUCUUUUACUUUACUGGAGAACCUCAUACCCAAAUGGAUUUACUGUUAUUUUUCAACCUUGCAGGUUGACAAAGGUGUUCUCCUGUUAGUUUCCCCUUGAGAUGUUUUAUUAUUUAUUAAAUGUAUAAACUGUCCUUCAUCCUAAGAUCACAGGGCAAUUCACAGCAAAAAGAAACAGAAAGAAAGAGAAAAAGAAAGAAAGAAUGAGAAAAGGAAAACAAAAUACAUAUUAUAACAACAACAAAAACCAAUAAUCAUCCUCCCACAGACACAUUUAAAAGGGUAUCAUUUGUUUUAUCAGCCAAAGGCCUGAUUAUAGAGGAACAUUUUGUCUCGUGCCUAAAGAUACGUAGUGAAGGCACCAGGUGAGCCUCCUUGGGGAGAGCAUUCCACAAACGGAAGCCACCACAGAAAAGGCUCAUUCUUAUGUUGCCACCCUCUGGACCUCUCACGGAGGAGGCACACAAAGAAGGGCCUCAGAUAAUGAUCACAGGGCCUGGGUUGGUUCAUAUGGGGGGAGGUGGUGCUUGACGUAUUGCAGUCCUGCGCUAUUUAAGGCUUCAUAGGUUAAAACCAGCACUUGUUUUUGUUUUUGCUAUGCUGCCCCCUUUCCGCUUCAUAGGCCAUCUUUCUUUUCUUUUUUAUUUCACUCAUUACUUCUUUUCUUGGCAAGCAAGCAAGUUUGAUGUAUUGGCUUCAAAGUGUAGUAAUAUUAAAUCAAUAAAAUAAUUAAAAGCAAAAAACCAACAACAAACCCAGCACUUUGAAUUGGGCUUGGAUGUGCUCUCUAAAGCUGAAGUAAGAAACCUUUUUUGGGAUCAAGGGCUGUCUUACCCUGGAGGAAAUUUGAAUUUCUAUAAAUAAGCUUGUUUUAUGUUAAUCCUGAUAGGGGAAAUAAUAGUUGCCAUAAAAUAAACAAUAAGAUAAUACCGUGCUUCCAACAGUCUCUAAUACUAAAAUUCUAGCAUAUGGAAAACCUUCCUGUCGCACUGUCCUUAGGCAAGGGGUUGAACAGCUGGGUCUCCACCUUGUCUUUUUCAUAAGAUUUGGAUGGACCAUAUAUGGAGAGAUAGCCAGGUGUUCCCUAUUUUGCAUCCUUUGGACCUUGUAACAUUCAUUCUCUGCCGACAAGAGAUAGGUUGCAGUGCAUAUUGAUUAUUUUGCCCUAAAAUAUUUCAUUCUGUAAGAUUAAAAAGAGCUUCCUUAAGAGAAGAAAUGCUUUGUUGUUCAAUAUCCAUGUUUACUUUGUACAGUGGUGUACUAACUUUGUAUACCAGACUAGCUGUGUCUUCUUGUUAGAUGUCUUUAGUGUUUCAGUUGAAACAAAACUUGAUCUUUGAGCUCUCCCCCUAUCUAAAUCAUCUUUACCUAUUUGAUUAUUUUAUAGCACAAAAAUGAUUUUAAUAUCCCUUCCCUUCCCUUUAGCCUUCCAUAUUACCACCCGUCCCAGCCGUAUUCAUCGGCCUAAUCCUGGCUUUCCUGUUUUGGUGUUACAACCCAUUGUGGUAGAGAAAGGUACUACAAGCACUAUUCAGUCCAUGUAUGUUCGUCCCUCUCACCUGUUUGUGCCAUUUUUGUAAGAUAGUGCAUGGUGAAAAACAGGUAUUGGUUUACCUGAUGCAAAUCCUUCAUUUAAUAAGUCAUUGUGUGUGGUAUUGGCAAACCAAAAAACAAACAAACUAAUCAUUUAACAUCUGUCUUGUUUUCCUUGUGCUAGUGCUAACAGUGUCCUGUUGUAACCUACUUGUUUCUGACUAUGCUUCUUCUAACACACAUUUGUCUUUUGUAAAAUGCCACAGAGUUAGGGCCUGGAAGAAAACCUAACUGCUUAAUGACACUAAACAAAUGAGGAGUUUGCAUAUUUGAAUCUGGUCCCUUAUUUCCUUUUUACCCUCCACUAAUUCAGAAAUUUCUCUCUGGAUUUGAAUGCCUUUCACUUUUCUCACUGUUGUGGUGAAGAAGAUGCUGGGUGGUUGGGGAUUGAAUGGACAAGGUAUGGGCAACACGUGGUGGUUUUGCAUUUCCAGUUCUUGCAGUGAUGGAUACUACUUUCCCAAAUGCAUCCUUUAAGACUUACCACCCUCCGUGUGGAAUUAUAUUCUUCAGAAUGGUCAUAAUUUAAGGUGGGAUGAAGAAUAUACACGUUAAGAUUAACACUGCUACAUUUCAGAACUGCUUUAAACCUAGGCAAGAAAAGUUUAAUGUGUUGUUAAUUGUUAACUGAUGAACUUCUGCUGAUGCUUUGUACAAUGUUCUGGAGGAGGUCUAACAGCUCAUAAUUUGGCAUGGCAUGCAUUUAUCUUGGCACAAGCAUCAAAUGCAGUUAUCAGAUUAAAAAAUUCAGAAAGGUUCAAUAGGAAGCAUUCAGUUAAGGGAUGAAGUUAUGCAUCUGCUAAAGCUAAUGAUGUCACUUCUUGGAGACUUAAUAUCCAUUGAAAUUCCUUCACUUAGAUGAACUUUGUUUAACCCCUUGAUGCCCAGUCAAAAAAAAUCCAAACCACGAACAGAUGGGAAAACCUAGGGACUUCCAGGAACUUGAAGGGGUUAACUAAUUAGUGUUCACUGAAACAAAUGAGAUAUUGAUUAUUUUCCUUUUUUUUUCUCCCUACACAGAGACAAUGGCCUUGGAUGCCUGUGAUGGCAGCUUUGGUAGCUGUGACAGCCAUGGUGCUGUACCCAGGCCUAACCAGAGCUUCUCCAUGA